CGCGUGGAGGUCACGUGCCCAAGAGGCCGCGCCGGCCGCGCGGGGGUCACCUGACUGCCUCUUUUCUUUCUCUCCCCUUCGUCCCCCAAUACCAGAGCAUGGCGCGAGCCACGUGACGAAGGCGGGGCGGCAGCUCACCCCACCCCUCCCAAUUCGCCCCACCUCCUUCCCUUCCCCCUGAGAGGCUUCAGGCGAGCCCCGCCCCCUCGGCGCCGUCCUCCCUCGCCCCGUGACCGACCCUCCUCCCUUCCUCUUGCCCCGCCCCUCCCCUCGGAGAGCGGCUCCGGAAAUGGUCGUGCUGGGCUGCGCUGCGGCUGCGUCGGGCCCCGCUCCCCGGACUGAAGGAGACUGAAGGUAACCGCGGUGGGGGGAGGGGGGAAGGUGCGGCGGGGGGGGGGGGCGCGAGAGAAAGCCAGAGUAGGCCGCGGUUGGCGCGGUGGGGGGGGGUGGGAGGAGAGAGGCGGGGCCUCACCGGUCUCCUCCCCCUGCUGCCCCCCUCCCGCGACGAGGGCAUUCCCCCCCCUCACCCCCACCCUCUCGUCGCGCCCUGACUGGGCUCUGGCCGCCAUUGCCCCCUCGCCUACCCCGCCGCCUGCCUGGCCCUCGGAGGCCUCGCCUGAGCACCACGUGGGGCGGGAGGAGGAAGGAAGGAAGGAAGGAGACGCCGGCCGGGCUAGGCCUCGUGGUCCCCGCGCCCGGGUGAAGGGCGGCUGCCGGGAGAGAGGCGAGAGACCCGGCCUUUCCCCGCUUCCUCCUCCUCCUCCCGCUGACUCCGCUUUCUCUGGGAGCGUGGAGCCGGCCUUUGUGCUCCCGCUUCCUUCGGCCUGCGCAGGGUGCUCCUGGGCGCGUGCAGACGGCGCUUCUCUCUCGGCUUCCUCGCGUGCGUGCGAAGCGCAAGGUUACGGAAAGGGUGUUUCCGAGCAGGGGCGAAACUGGGCUUCCAUUUCACCCGGGUCAAAGACCGAGCUUGGUAUCUCUUCGCACGCGCAUUUGGGUAGACACACGCAGGCUGAGACCCUCAGUGGCUCCCCUCGGGGGCCUCACCAGGGCCAAAAAAAGCCUGGCUAGCCCCCUCGUAGCUACGCCUCUCAUUCUGAGGCUCUGUCUGCUCCACCAAACAAACCUUUCUUUCACAUAACGCCAGUAUCUUGUUUUUAAAACGUCUCCGCACCUGGAACAGAUGUGAGAUUUUUCGGUUCUGAAUUCGAGCCUUUUCUCUCGCUCCCCACCCCAAAUGCAAACUCCACAAGGCAGCCUAGUCUCCUAUAGGUCAUGCCUGUGGUGCCUGUAUUUUAAUAAGCAGUAAAUUUAUUUUUUGCCCUGCAUCUUACUCAAGCUGUGUUUUAAGAACGAGAGCUUUCCAAGCAAAUAUGCCCUUGGCACAGGCCAGUAGUGGGGGACAAAGGUCCACCCUCAUAGCCAGCCUCCUUUUGGAGAACGCCCUGAAACUUAGAGGAGCCUUUCCUUAUCUAUCCAGGUACUGAGGAGGAUUUUGACCCUAAAACUUGAGCCCUUUAUAUGUGCUGCUGUUAUAGGGCCUUAGUACAGGUACUAGGCCUCUCUCAAACUGCAUAUGAGCCCGGAAGAGAGGCCUGUGCUCUAGAAGCAUAGCCAGUCUUGCAUAACUAUCAGUAGGAACUCAAAACAGUGUCUUUCCAAUGGACAAACACUAUAAUAAACAGACCCCUCUGCUGCUCAAUCUGUAUAUUUAUGGAGCCCAAGGCCUUUCUAUGCAAGCUUCUUCAGGGUUUCUGCUAUACGUACAGUUAACUCUAGAUAAGUACAGUGUGAACAAAGUCUGAAGCCAGUGUGCCAUGAAUAAAACAUGACUUCUAAAGUGUUAAUCAAAAUUACUGAAGAAACAGAAUUUCCAGCUCCAUAAUCAAUUCUCUCCCACAAAGUAUGGGGUCAACAAAUCCCUUCUUCCCAUGAAUUGUGCACUGUUUAAGACAUGAAAUCACAUUUUCUGAAAGGAUACCUGAAACCAAAGGGGCCUUCUAGAGCUUAGUUGCAUGACAACUUUGGCAUGCUAGCGCAGUACUACAAUGUCUAAAGUUGAGACCAGCUGCUAUCUCAUAUAAUUCUAUUUGCUGCUGAAACUAUCAACCAACUCAUUUCUGUACAGUUAGACCUUGUUAAAGUCCCCUCCCUGCUUAUCUAUAGAGCCCAGUAUCUAGCACACACAGUAUUUAGGGCACCAUUUCCACAAUUUAGAAGGAAGUGUGGAGCUUCUAAGGCCUCCAGCUACCCCUAUAUGCCAUAUUUAUAGCAUUUGAUGGAGAUUGAGCUUUAAUUUUAUGCGAAUUGAGUUUAAAUAGCUUGAGGUCUUAAACCAGGUUCCCUUCUUGGCCAGUAGCCAUGAGACAAACCAGGUCUGUCCCAAAAUGUACUGGCAGCUUGUAUUUUAUGAGGUUAUGCUCUUAUGAGGCCUGAUAUUUAAUAUCUUCAACUAGCCCCCACCCUAUUUGGACUAUUAAAAUACAAGACUGGACCUUUAUAAGGUUCUUAUACUUAUAGAUUAUUUCAUUUCCUUAUGAUUAUUUCUCUUUGAGUUCCUUUACAUCUGAGCCUUUUAGACUGCAUCUGGAGGAUCCAAUCCUGCUUUCCACUGAAUUGUAACUUUGUCCCUGACAAAUCUUUUGUUAACACCCUCCUCUCAUUCUUUCCACAAUAGUUUUGUUGGUAUCACUUAUUAAAACGUUUCUACUCUACUUUUCCUUAUAGAGUUCAAGGUACCUAAUGGGUGUCCUUGGAUUUACCACUAUGCCUUUUUGGUAGUUUAAUCCAUCAUCUAGCCCUUUUCUGAACUCUGUAAAGUAACAUGGAUUAAAAUAACUUCAUUAAUGAACCUGAAUAAAAGGGAGGUGAAAGCUGCAUAACCUUGAGUGGACAUCUGAAGAUCUUAUGGCACAUAAGCUUUUGUUCUCCUUAGUACAUAUAGGCAGGAAUCAAUUGUUUUGGUACAUGCUUGUGACAUUCCAGUCUCCUAUUGUGCAUGUAUAGGACUGAAUGUCCCCAGACAGAAUACCUUUAUUGAGAGGACCAGUCACCUCCUGGAUGUUUUGGACUACAGUGAUGUUUGCCCAUGUUGGAGAAGGCUGAUAUUAUGCAACAAAACAGCCACUCCUCUGAAAUGCGCCUGCCCCAUAUAAGGCUGUGAUGUGCCUGCUGAUUGUAUAUACAUUUCCUUGGAAGUAAAACCCAUUGAGCUCAGUAAUUUACUUACAAGGCCUGCCUGUGUUCCUCUGUAGAGGUUUACCAUGUGGUGGUUUAUUUAGAUUCCUGGAUCCUGUACCCCGCUCCAUAUGCUUUGAAACUGGGGCUCAGAUCUGCCGAUAACUGCGACCCCCCCUCCCCGACCGCCUCUGGAGUUUCCAGUCCCAGUAUACGACCUCAUAAAAUGUGGCACUCCUCUCACCCCACCCCGCGUUUGAAACCUGCAGGGCUCUCGACCCCGCAUAACCUGUGGUAUCUAAGGCUACUGUUGUGCUUCGUAGGCAGUGUUUCGGUUCAUUUGGCAUAGGUAAGCACCCCGCGCAGUUCAGAAUGCUCCUGCCCUAAGUGCAUAGGACCUGCGGGGUCUGCAUUUAUGGAACACGCUGGGAAAUGUAGAUCUUCGCUCUUGCAUCCAAACAUAUCAGGGGUGCUGUGGGUGGGUGCACGCCUUAACGGGGCGCAGCAGCUGCCCGCUUUUAGGCGAAGCCGGGAAGCUUAGGAUCGCCCCGUUCUGUAGUGGUAUUGGGGCGUGGGUGCACCCUCCUCUAAAAUUCCAAGCAGCCGCACCCGGUAGGGUCUCCCCUUCCGCGGCCUCUGCGCACGUGGGAACGGGGCGGAAUCCGGGCGAGAGCUGCUCUGCAGCUGCGCGUCCACAUCUGCGGAGCACUCGCCGCGCGUAGGGACCCUGCGGCGCCGGAUCGGCCUUUCCCACCCCGCUUGUAGGCCCGAAGCCCGCCCGGUGCCUGCAUCCCGCUGGGCCCACGUGUUCGCCUCUUCCUUCCUUGCUUGCUCGCUUCGCCCUGCCCUAGGCCGCCGUCGGGGCUGGCCCUGCUGCGGCUCCACCUCCUCCGCUCCCUCCACCUCCUCCCUGGCUGGCUGUGGCUGCUACCGCGCCGGUGCUUGGCGUCCGCCUCCGAGAACCGGGCCAGCCCCACGUGCUUGCGGCGCAACUCGGGUACGGUCGGAAGCGGCGGUGGGGGGACGGGGCCCCGGCCACGCUACGCCCGCCCGCCUGCUUUUCUCUCGCCGCCCGCCGCGGGCGCUCUUGCGGCCAGCGCGCAGGGCGCCCGGCAGUCGCCACCGCGUGGGCCGCGGCUCCCUCCCUCCCCUGCGGGGCCGCCCGGCUAGGACACGUGUCCUUGGAGCAGGCGGGCCGGGGCCUGGCUUCCUGCUUGCCAUCCUGGCCGGCGCGACGCGCGGGGGAACCUCGGAGGGGAAGAAAGGCCAUCCUCCACCCCCGGAGGAGGAAGGUCUCGAGGUUUGGGGUUCUCUUUUUUUGCGCCCAUGUGCCACCGGCCGAGGUGCGUCCGGGUCCUUUCUCUCUCCAACCCCCGACCCAAAUUCCCUUUACCCCUCGCUUUCCGGUUGCGGCUGGGUUUGGGGCUUUUGCAGAGCAGGAGAGAGGGGGAAAGGGCUUGGGGUGGUGGGGGAUCUUGGUGCUUUGUAUUUAAGGCACCCCCUUCUCUGAAAUAUUGCCUGGCCCGCCCUUACUCGCCGGCUGCUGCCCUUUCCCCAAUGGAUGGCUCUUCAUGCUUGCCUUCCGGCCCUUUGUACAAAAUAAAAUAAAUGCGGAGGGUAAAUAAACCUUUGCAUCUCCUUUGUCUUGUGCCCUCUGUUAGUUUUUGCGUGUGUUCCCCCCUCCCCACGCCCGCGCACAUUGGUUGUGCCUUGUUUCUCCCAAACAUAUGUUAGUCCUCUUACCGCCCAGAACAGACGUUAAAAAUUACUCAGCAAUUUCUUAAGCAACCCAAUUUUACUUGUGCACAUCUAAACUUUCAGAUUUUGUUGUGUUGAGUUGUUGGGUUUUUAUUUUGAAAACAACAACAACCCAUAUUAAUCUGUUUGUUCAGUCCCUGAAAGGCUGCCACUUGUUUGCGCAUUUUCCUUUUAGGAAGGCGGCUUGCUGUCAUGGUGGGUUUGGAUGGUGAUUAAAGGAGAUCUUACUGUGUGGAGUAACACCAACUGUCUCUGAAAGUGUGGGAGAGGGAGGACAUCUUGAACCUCGAUUGCACAUUUCCUGGUUUUAUGUAGUUUGCCCUACGGGGGAGGGUGGAAGGCUUGUAUCGUAACAGUCCACGUUCGCAUUUCGUGCUAAACAGCGUUUCAUUGGGUUGCUUCUGGCAAUGGUGGUGGGUGGAAUUCUCUGCUAUUUUGUCUGGGAGUGUGUUUGUGUUAAGUGAAAGGGUGAGGGGAGUCAGGGAAUAAGGGUGCUCAGUUCACAUCAGAAGACUUGCUUCACUUUUCUGCAUACUUGAGUGUGGGACCUUCUGUAAUGGAGUAAUACUGUGGCUCUUCUUCUUUAUAGUUGCAGAACACAAGGGUGUGUCCCUCAAAAGUAGGGCUAGGAAAAUAUUUCAAAUUCCUAAGCUCUAGAAUAAAAAAUAAAUAAAAAUAGGAGCCAGCUCUGCCCAGGAGCAGGAAGUGUCAAAAUGCAGAGGAACUACCACCAUGUUUCCCCACCCUAUCACUGGGCAAAUGUGAGAAUCACAAGUCAAACUGAGGGGUUUCCUAGUUUGAUGCCUCCAUUGUACUUCUGGGGCUAUACUGUGGGGCAGCUGCUGGCCUUGUCCUCUGGGAAGCAGUUUCCCCUCUAUCCAAAGCGGUUUCCCCUUGUUGUCUAGCAUGUUACAUGUCCCCUGUGCUUAUCUUCUUUCACUGUUGGCAUUUGCAAGUGGUUACAGGAUUAAGCUGUGACCCAUGAAGGUCCUGGUUCAAAUCUCACUCUGCACAAUCUUAAAGGCACAGGAUGCCUUUCUGAAGGCAGCUCUGUAUCAGUGCUUGGAUGGAGGGCCACCUGAAAGUCCCUCAUCUACCCUAUUCCAUGAUGGACGAAAGGCAGAAUAUGAAUGUAAUACAUAGUUGCUUGCAGGGGAGGCCUUUGUCAAGCCUCAGACAUUUGUGGAUAAUGCUAACCUACCUUACAUUGUUGCUAUUUUUGAAAAAUACUGAGAUAAAAUGUGGAAAGGUGCUACAUAAAUACUAAAUAUUAUUGUUUUCAUUACGCAGUUUAGGAGCUGAGGCUGAGAGUGUGACUUCCCCAAGGCCAUUUGGUGAGUUUGUGGCCAAGCUGGGUUUUCAGCCCAGGUCUUCUGAAUCCAAGGAUACAAGUUUGUUCAUUUUAACCACGCUACCUGUAAUUCACCCGAGAUAAAGAUUUGUAAUGGACAGUAGCUUCUGUGUAGAGAAUUGUAUGUACCCUGGCACAUAGUGGUGUGUGUGUUAAAUGGUCAAGUUUUGUAUUUUAUUGAAUCUGCAUGCAGCAAAAAGCCUGAAUUGGUCAGUCUGUAUACUGGUGAAGUACACAAGUGCUCAUUGCAUGCAGUGAUGCCUGUAGAAUUCCCUAUACAGAAGUCCUAAAACACCCCUAAGAAGUUCAGAAGAGCAGUUUAUAUUCUCAAGACUUUCCCUUUCACCCAGAAAGGUCCUCCCUCAAUUAACUUCCCUCAGAAAUGGUGCUUGUUGCACUCUGUUCCAUGUUCACUUCCUGUCACAGAGAAGAAGGAACAAAGUUCUGCCUUCAGGAGCAGUGCAAGGAAGGGACUAAUGACAGGGUGGAGGUGCAAAAUGCUUCCUCUUUCCCUUUCCCCACUUCGUCAUCUGGAGAGAAUCCUGCCUUUCCAGGUUUCUUUUAUCUUCCCAAAUCCCUUGUUGGAGAAGGCAUUUCAGGAAACGAUGAUACUGCCACAGGCAAGAGGCACAAGAGCGCUCCCUUGUAAUUUUUGUUAAUCUGGAAUAUUAAAUUUAGCUACCUUGAGAAGUUGUGAAGCGUUGAGAGUAGAAGUGUGAGCCAGGAAGUCCCAGAUUCAAAAGUUACACAAGCCAGUAUUAGCCUCCCCUCAACCCCAAAUGAGUGAAUGAUCUUCAAAUCCAGCAUUUUCUUCUCACCCUGGCCAACUGGAUUCUUCCAGUGCCUACAAGUUUGACAGCCUUGAGUGUUCAGAUGCAGGUUUCAUAUAGCAAUGAUAACUAAUAGCCAGAGAUAGGCCCAUCCUCCCUUAAUUUGUGCCGUCCUCUUGAUUGUAUAUCUGCAAUUUGCGGUGUGAUAACUAACCUAACAGUUGCCAGGGUCACUUAAGGUAAUGUAUGAGAAGUGCCUAGAUGUUUUUACAUCAGUGCAGAUAAAACAAGCAGCUUGAGGUUUCAUAUCUGCAGUCACCAGAACACAACAAUACUCCUAGAUCCUUGUUUUGCCCAUAAACAUUCUUUGAAAGGAUGGGAGAAUAUCUGCUUUUGCUGGGAAAACAACAGCACAGUUGGCAGAGUAACUGAACUGCAUUAAAUGAGCACAAGGACAGAGCAUUGCUUUGGGAUUCCCAUACCAUCAUUCCCUUUUGAAAUGGGGAUCUAGGGGAAAGGACUUAGAUGUUAGGAGAUGGGACCUAAGUCUGUUUAGAUCUGGAGCAGGCUGCUUUUUGGAGUGCUUUUGUCAAAGGCCAGUUGGGCACCUGCUGAGAAGUUGCAUAAAAGGGCACCAUCUUGUUAUACUUUUGUUAAGUGAUGGAAGAUAUGAAAGGUUUAAGAAUAAUGGGUUGGAAUCAUUGAAUUGUAGAGUUGGAAGGGACUCCAAGGGUCAUCUAGUCCAAUCCCCCCUGCAGUGUAGGCAUCUCAACUUGUUCAUAUGUGACAAAUGGCCAUCCAACCUCUCCUUAAAAUCCUCCCAAGGAAGAGUCCACCACCUCUCAUGAGAGUCUGUUCCACUCUCAGACAGCUCUUACUCAGAGAGUUCUUCCUGAAGUUUAGUCAGAAUCUCCUUUCUUGUAACUUGAAGCCAUUGGUUUGGGUCCUACCUUCUGGAGCAGGAGAAAACAAGCUUGCUCCAUCUUCCAUGUGACAGCCUUUUAGAUAUUUGAAGAUGGCUAUCAUAUCGCCUCUCAGUCUCUUCGACACCCAGAAUAUGUGUGUGACUUCUGGUUUUGGUUGUAAGCAGCACUUAGACUUAGCAUUAGAGAGCGCAGUACCACAACUCUUAAGGACUAAGUCAUGCCCCUCCAGAAUUAGGCAAAAAUUUGUUGCUCCCUUAACAGGAUUUACAAGCGAACAACGAAGGAGCAAAAUAAGCAGGGUGCCUGUCCGGACAUCGCAAGAACCCAAGGUAAAUUGUUUCUUCCUGCCUUGUUUCUCUCAGUGGCAGCAGGGCACCAUGCUGCUCAUUCUCAAUAAAGCACAGUAAGCUAGGAGCCCUUCCCUAUCAUGAUGUGGUCGAUCAAAAGCUUUAAGUUGGAGGCGUCAAAGGAAAGGGAGACAAGCAAGGUCUGAAAGGGAACAGUGGGGAGCAAAUAUGAUUAAAUGUGCUUGGGCUUUAUUUUUGUUAGGAUAGGAGUUAUGGUGUUAGCCCAGCUUUCUCCAACUUGUUGCCUUGUAGAGGUUUUGAACUGCAGCUCCCAUCUGCUCCUGAUAGCAGUGCACGUAUCUCAUAUCUUACGCAGGGUUUAGGUUCUGGGGGUCCAUGCAUAUAAAUCUGUACUUCCAGGAAUUUCCGGAACCAGGCUCCCUGCAUGGUGGAGGACCUCUUGCCCAACUUCAGGAAAUAGGCGGAAAGGGCUCUGGCAGUGUCUCAGAGCCCUUCCGUGGCCGCUUUGUUGCGAGGGUUUUGGCAGGAUCCUAGAGUCCUCCCACCUCCUUCUCAAAGCCUAGUAAGUGCUUGCCCAGCUUUGGGGAGGAGGCAGGAGGCAUCUAGAACCAUGCCAGAGACGUUGCACCACCUCCCCAAGGUCUGGAGCCUCCCUUUGCUGGCGAUGGCGCUGGGCUGCCUGGUAAGCCCAUAAUGGUGGCCAGGGAAUAAAUAAAAUGAAGAAUGGGUUUCCUCCGCUUUCCAUUUUAUUUUUAAUUUCCCCCACCCACACAAAGCUGUGAACACAAGUAAAAUAAUGUAAGAUUGUGAGUUAUCUGUAGUCCUAAAUAUCUGGAGCACUCCAGGCUAAGGAAGGCUGUGUUAAGCAGUUGGCUUCAGUGGAGAAAGGUAUUUCUUUGAGAGGAGAUUUGUAGGAAGAUAGACUAGUCAGGGCAGUUGCAGUGCCUGCCUGAGCACCUGUGGAAGAAGUUUUAUUGAACCAGUGAAUAGGAAGCUGCUGUAAGCAGCCACAAAACAAAGAGUACAAUUCCUGCUUUGUCAAAUGCUACUUACGAAGUCGUGGGCAUCUUGCAUUCUCCAUCGGCCGUUUUCCAUUUGUGGCAUGUUCAUCCACAAAUGGAAAUUCUGCAGUUGGAUUAAUUUCUGCAGCCUCGUUUCCUAAACUCCUAUUAUACCUGUUCCUUAUUGCCCAUUUUCAGUGCUUUGAGGCAGAACUCUCAACAUGUCAACCCCCACGUUAACCUACAUUGCAUGGGUUGCAACGCAUGUAAGUGAAGCAAGAUUGAAUUUGCUGUCUGCUCGGUUUUAGCACAGCCCAGAUGAGCCAAGCAAGUGAGCUAAUUCAGUGUCGCCAUGCAGCAUCCUUGGGCAGCUGGCAUGGGCCCCAGGGCCCUGGCAUGGCCUGUCACCCUUAACGUCCCCAGGGACCCUCUUAAUGCUCCCCCUUUGUGUUCUAUACUGGUGGCCGCCAUGUAAAAUCCUUGGAAUGGCCUGGAGUGAUGCUAAAUCAAGAGCAUCAUGAAAAAUUAAAAUGGUGGCAGCCUGGUGACAAAUCAAAAGCGUGCCAUCCCAGGUAGGCCUGGCAGGAGGUGUUUAUCAGAGUGCACCCUGUAAACAAAUUAUUCCCAAAAUAAAACUUUCACCAGGGUAGAGGGGUUGAGAAGGAAGCCAUGCCAUAUCUCCUGAGCAUUUGCAGUGCAUUGGCGCCAAUCCUCAGUAGAUGGGUUGCUUGCUGUUUCUUACAGAUCCUGGUGAAGCCAAUUGCCCUGGACAUCACAGUCCCCACCCCUUCCAAAACUGUUAAAGAUGGAAUUCAUUUCCUUGUUCCCCUCAGUCCUAGCACAGAAACCUCCCCAAGUUUCGGGGUGGGCGUUGCAAGCUCUUGCACCACUGCAGGCCUCCUUGGUGUGCUUUAGGUCAUGUACUGUUCUCUCUGAGCCCCACUUUCCACCCGAGACUUCUUGCUUGUGCACCUGAAAAUUUAGAACGCUAGUGCAGCAGAUGUGUUUCUUCCACGAAAUGUUUAUUGGGUGCCUGAGAGCUGUGUAACAUGAUGAUGAUAUGAUGAUAUUUAUUUAUUUAUUUAUUUAUACCCCACCCAUCUGGCUGGGUUUCCCCAGCCACUCUCAGUAACCCUGAGAAAGGAAUUUAAAGUGGGGAAAGAGCAGAGAAAUGUGCCCCUCUUUUUUAUUUUUAAAAGGGAGGCGUCUGUAUCCCUAUUCCUAAACUUUUAUGUUGACUGUGCUCUACCACCUUCAUAGAGCCUUGCUCUCAGUUUCUGAAAACAUAAGUGGGAAAUUCCCAUACCAUUUUACUGAAAAUAGCCUUUUCUCCUGGGGAUCAUAGUUCUGUCCAUUGAAGCAUAAAGACAAGCCCCCCGGAGCAAGAUCAGAGAUGCCUUGCACCGCUUCCCUUCGAUCGGCAAGUACUGAUCAUGAUAUAUCAAGGUGAAUUUUGGAACCUCAUAGUUCAUUUGGCAGAAGAAGAUUCUAAUGUCCCUCUUACCCAUGCCCGCCCCCAAAUGGGGUGUAGUUUGUGAUGGCUGGUGACCUAGUCCAUGCAGACUGACCUGCUUUUGAUUUCACAAGUUUGGGAGCAUUUGGGCAGCCUAAGGUCAGAGUGGCUAUUGAUUUUUGCCAGUGAAAUAGCCAGUGCCACUGUGGUAUCUUCCCAGAGGUGCUUGCAUCAUCAUUGGACCCCAACUCUGACAAACAGGUCGGGGAAGUUUCCUUUUCCCGCAUGUGGGUGUUGUCUCACUUGCUGCUUUGCUUUGGUUGGCAAUUAGGGUUUGGGUUUUGUUUUUUUUAAAGGAAGGAGAUCUACACCAACAGCAAACCUUAGCAUUUUUGUAAAAGUUUAGAAUUUGGAAAAGGUGUUUUGCAUUCAGCACCUCAGCAAUUUUGCGGCAAUCCUGUCAAGGUAGGCCAGAAUUACUACCAAUGCGUGGCUGAUGGGAGGACUUGCAGAAAACGCAACAAAUUCCUGGCACGGGUGUGAUUUGGAUCUGGUGGCAAUAAGGUCCGCUGCUGCUUGGUCCCUGUGCUGCCCUUGCAGGGAAGGGCCAGCAUCUGGAGACAGAAGAGGGGGAAUCAGAGAAUUGUAGAAGGCACCAUGAGGGUCAUCUAGUCCAACCCCCUGCAAUGCCCAAUGUGAGGCUCGAACCCACAACCCUGAGAUUAAAGGGUCUCAUGCUUGUGCCCUACUGACUGAGCUAUUGCUGGUCUUAACUGGACAGGAAGAGCCAGGAUGUUGACAAGGAAUAAAGAGGGGGGAUGUGGCAAGUAGAGUUCUUAAUUCCAAAGCUUGUUAGGAAGGAGGUGAGCUCCAGUCAUCUCCAGUCAUGGGUGUGGUGAAGCUGGGUGGAAAAAAGCAUUCACAGCUGAAAAAGGGGGCUGGGGAGGGAAUGGUUAUCUGCUCCUCCCAUUUGUUCCUUGAUGUGCUAAUGGACCCUGGAGCACAAGGGAGCUGCCUCUCGUUAAGUCUCCGCCUCCCUGCUUUGGCACUCUUUAACCUUUGAUGUGUUUGUUUAAUGGGCUUGGCCAUGCUAAUCGAUAUGAUGCCGGCAGACCUUGAGUGGCUGAAGUCUUGGGUGCUUGUGAAUUCGCCAGCAGCCAGCUGGCCGGCUUUUGUGGGGAGCAGUGUGUCUUUUCCUUCCAAUACAGGAGAGAGGAGGACCCACUGCUUGGGGUAGCAGUUGGGUCAAAGUCCUGGAAUAGCUCCCUUCAAAAAUAUGACCUGCGUAUCCCUUUGACGGCAAUGAUCUUUGUGGAUUGGUGCUAACACCUUAAUGGUUACCCUUGGUGAUGGUAGCGGAGCCUUUUCUUCUCCUGCCAACCCUGCAAUAUUUUGGACAACUUUUUCCAUUUAUAUCAUGCCCUUCCUUCAAAGGAUAUCAGGGCUGCAAACACAGCAGCGAUAAAACAGUUAAAAAAUAAAAGCAUAGUUGAAAACGGUCGCCUAAUCUCACAGCUGAUAAUUUCAGGGUUGCUGGGAAUGUUAUCUUUUAGCCAUUAAAUGCCUAAGUAGACUGGAGCGCUUUAAAAUUCCUCCUAGAUGUGACUAAUAAGGAAUGCCUACACACCUCACCAGGAAGGGCACUCCCCAAAUGGAGAAGUGCCACCGAGAAGGCCCUGUCAAUGCCAACCACAUGCCACCACCAAGUUGGCUUCCCCUGCCAAGUGUAGGGCCCCAAAGUGGGUGAUACUGGGGCAGCCGCUCUUUAAAGAACUUGAGUCCAAAACCUUUUAGUGCUAACACGGUAGCUCAUUGGUAGGCAGUGGAGGACUGGUGGCAAGGGAUCCCAACAGGUUGGACCACUUGCCAACCUGGCAGUCACACUCUAUGCUGGCUGCAGUCUCUGGACGUGGGGCAGCCCCAUAUAGAGUUCAAUGCAGUGGUUCAGGUGGGAGGUCACCUGAGAUUGGGCUGGUCCAGGAACUUCCAUAGCUGGUGAAACAACCUAAGUUGGGCAUAAGCAGUCCUAGCCACAGAAGCCGCUUGAGAUUCCAGUAACAUGUUGGAGUCCAUGAGUUCUCCCAGGCUACAAACCUGUUCCUUCAGGGUUGUGCAACUCCUCUCAUAACUGGUUACCUACCUAAUUCCCGGACACAGGAACCACCCACCCACAGAACCUCCAUCUUCUCGGGUUUCUCCCAGACACAGGUCCUGAUGUCCUCACUUUCCAAAAUGUAUUUAGUGUACUGUCUCUUGCUGCUCCUGAGUUUUUUGCCUUGCACCCUUCCAUGUGGAGCUUGAAUGCUCUAGACCUGAGAUGUCUUAAGCAGGGACUCAGUGUGGUUGCAACCCAAACUGUGAAAUACCUUAAGUCUUAAGUAUUCAGAUAUGCUAAUGAAGAACUGUGUUCUGAGUUAGGAGGCACCACAAGGAUCAUCUGGUCCAACCCUCUGCAAUGCAGGAAUUUUUUUGCGCAAUGUGGGGCUCAAACCCAGCACCCUGAGACUAAGAGACUCGUGCUUUAUUGACUGAGCUACCUUUCCCACCUUCCCCAAACUCUCCUUCUUGGCCUUGUUUGAGAAACAUUGGCCCAUUCGAUGGGACCAAAGAAAGAAGUGACUGGCCAUUGGGGAGAAAAAGAGCAUUGUUGUCAAUGCUUCAAUUGUGGCUUGGGCUUUAGUUCUGUGCAUGUGUGCAGUGUGUGGUGCUGUCUGUGUUGGGUUCAGGCCUAACGCAGACUGAUGUGAUGUAUUUGCAAUGUUGAUUCUGCUGUUGGCUUGUCCCUUUGUUUGUGUGUGUGUGUGUGUGAGAGAGAGAGAGAGACAGAGAGAGAAAAAGGGGAGGUCUUUUGUCUCAUGUGAAGAGAGUUUGCCUCUGUAAGGCAUCGGGUUCUGAGGUUUUCUGUAGGGAUUUGAGCAUGGGAAUGCGGCUUUCAGACUUUCCUUGUGCAUCUAAUUAUUAUUAUUAUUAUUAUUAUUAUUAAUAAUAAUAAUAAUAAUAUGUUGCCCUUCUGACUGGGUUGUUCCAGCCAUUCUGAACAGAUUCCAACAAAUCAAAACAUCCAACAAAGUAAAAACUUCCCUAUGCAGUGAUACCUCAAUUUAAGAACAGCCCUGUUUAUGAACUAUUCAGUUUACAAACUGCGCAAAACCCGAAGUCCUUUCUUAAACUGAAAUCAUUCUUAAACCGAGGCGCACUUUCCCUAAUGAGGCCUCCUGCCGCUGGUGCUCUUCCACCGUUCAUAUUCCGUUCUUAGACUGAGGUAAAGUUUGCAAACUGGGACACCACUUCUAGUUUUGCGGAGUUUCCAUAGGGAGGGCACCACUGCCGAGAAGCCCCUCUGCCUGGUUCCCUGUAACCUCACUUCUCGCAGUGAGGGGACUGCCAGAAGGUCCUCUGAGGUAGACCUCAGUGUGAUUCUGGGCUGAACAAUGGGGGUGGAGGCGCUGCUUCAGGUAUACGAGGCCAAAGCCAUUUAGGGAUUUAAAGGUCAGCACCAAUACUUUGAAUUUUGCUCAGAAACAUACUGGGAGCCAGUGUAGAUCUUUCAGGACUGGUGUUAUAUGGUCCCAGCGUCUGUUCCUAGUCACCAGUCUAGCUGUCGAAUUCUGGAUUAAUUGUAGUUUCCAAAUCGCCUUCAAGGGUAGCCCCGCAUAGAGUGCAUUGCAGUAGUCCAAACGAGGGAUAGCCAGAGCAUGCACCACUUUGGUGAGACAGUGCAUAGGCAGGUAGGGUCUCUGAUGGAGCUGGUAGACAGUGGCCCUGGACACAGAAGUGGACAGCUGUGAGUCCAAAAUGAUUCCUAGGCUACACACCUGGUCUUGAACUGUUAUUUACAGGUAGAUUCAUGAAGCCUGCUUGGCUACGAGAAGCCAUCUGUUGUUGGUGGGAGAAGGUUGUUUGAGAGAAGGCAUUGAGAAAAUGGUACCUUCUGGUAAUUGCUUAAGUGAUUCCUAUAAGUUCCCAGAAUGUACGGCAGUCUUCUGUUGUGCAAGCCGGCGCAUGGGUCGCUGCUGUUCCCAGUUUUCAGAUGGGGAACUGAUUCUGGGGGUGAUCCUUGCCUGAAACCACGCUGUGUUUAUAGUUGUCGUGGGACAUGCAACCCCAAGUGUCCCAGGCCCAGCUAGUGAAGUACUUAGACAGGAGCUGCACCAGUCAACCCCCCCCCCAAAAAAACCCCCACUAGGGCUGCUGCUUUGCAAAUUCCCUUAGCUGCUUUACUCCUCUCCCUCUUAAGGCAAGUGUGGCUGCCUCUUGCUGCCCCCUCCCCAUUCCAGCCACUGCUGCUCUUGCUGAUUUUGAAGGGCAGAGUCUGAAGGGUGUGCAGUUCUCUCUCCUUGGCCUGCGUCUUCUGCACUUCGGGAUGGGGUGAGGCAGGGCGCCUUCCCGGGCGCAGGGAGGCUUCCUGUGGGUGUAGGCACCCGCGAAAUGGCGCAGCACCCAGACUUCCUCUGCUGUCUGUCUCGUGCCUGCAUUGGCAGCACAGGUGGGUGCCUGGUUGCUUGGUCCUGCCAAGAGGGAAGAGGCUGGGCUGGGCUGGGCCAGGAGCCUGCCUCCUUCCUCCUCUUGCCUGUGCAACGCGAGUGACUCAGGCGUGUAGGCGUGGGAUUUUCUCCGACUGGUUUGGGCAGCGCUGGGGCCGAAUGGCUGUGACUGUGGGUGGGGUUUUGGGUGCUCCCUGGUUCUCUUCAGCCUGCCUCUCUCCUCUCCCUGUCUCGGUGUCUCUGCAGUGCAGCAGACUCUGCGAUCUGACACCACCGGCAGCUCCCGGCACUCAUGUUCCUGGCCUUCCCAGGGUGGGGGUGGGGGGCUGUCCCCUGCCUUGCCCAUGUUUGGCAAGCCCGACCCUCCAUGCCGCUCACCAGCAGGUUUGCAGGCUGAUAUUCUCCCCCCCCCCCACUCCACCCAACCACCCUCUGUCGUUUUCUCAAAGUCUGGCAGAUGAAAAGUCUCAGCUGCUUGCAAAACUGGCCUGGGGUUUUUCCUACUUAGGGGUGAGUAUUUUGCAUCUUUUCUGUGCAUGUUUUGAGGAUGGCGGGGUGAGGUGGGGAGGCUGUUCCACAUUGAGACCUCGACUUUCUGCUUGCCCCCGUUUUGGGAAGGGGGUGGCAUGGAGCAGGGUGGGUGGAGGAAAGGAAUUGCAUAGCAAAUAUCUUUUCUUCGUUGCCGGUGUUGGUUAGGGUUGGGCCUGCUCUUCGAGAAUGCCUCAGCCUGGGGAGGGAAGGGUGCUUGGCACGGGAGCUGGCCUGCCUAAAGAAUUAACUGGGCAUAUUUGGAGCGCCGGGGAAACGACUCAUGCUCGCAGUUGCCUCUCCCCAGACCUUGGGGUGGUGCUGACUGUCUGCAAAACUUCGCGUGGGCUUUUCAGGGGAGACUAGCUACUUCAGCUGGGCCUCCCCUAAAGCAACGAUCCAGCUCCCUGCACCUCCUCUGGGGCCUCUGGCUUCAGUUUUUUUGGGCUGGCUCCUUUUCUUUCUGGGAGCAUGGCUGUCCCUGCAGUUUGGUUUUGCAAGAGGUGUGGGGGUGCUUCUGUUUCCAUGUCUGGAAAAUUGAGAACCGUUUGGGGUGGUGUCUCCUGGUAGACGUGGCCCCAUCAGGCUGUGUGGAGCUGCUUCCUAUAGGAAGGGCUGCUGCAUGCUCCCUCCUUGCCUGUCUGCGUGAUGCUGCACCACACUGUGUCUAGAUGCUCAAAGGUGGGGGGGGGGAUAAUUGUUGCAAACUGUGCAGUUGUGGUCUGUGCAGCUUCAGCUGCUCCCCCUCUCCUAAAUCUGCGCGCGCGCACACACACGCACACACACAUACACAGAAACGUAGUAUGUACUAAAUUAUGGUCCUUAAAAAAAACGUAUCCCGUUUUAGUAAGGGCUGAGGAUACUGGGGAGAAGGGAAGUAUGAGAACUGGUGGCUCUAAUUCUGAGCAGAGGUGAAGAAAUUGGUGCUGAUGUGCCACCCACACCCAGGACCACCACAUAUACUUAAGUUUUUUUAUUGUUGUUGUUGCCAAUGCCCUGGGAAAAUUUCAGAAUCAAAAGGCUUGUUAGGGUGCCCUCGGCAAGGCCCCCCACAAAUAUCUGGCCACGCUGUUCUUGUGUGCUGAACUGGAGCCCCGCAGAAGCCUCCUGAUCCUGUCUUGGUUUUUUGCCUCCUUUGCAUUGCGUACGUUUCCUCCUCUCUCCCAAAGUCUUUAGUCGCCUGAAACGCUGACAGCAGCAGCCCAAGGGUCAGGUUACGCCAGGUCUCUGGGUCUGUUUGGGUAGAGUGGCUCUACCUUGCUUUGUGCUGGAGAGGGCACUGCCCCUGUCCAGACCAAAGGGAUCCUAUUCCCAUAAGGUUCCACAGGGCAGCUGUAGGACUGUUUACUGCCUGGCGUCCUGGAAGACGUUCCCUCUGCCUUGCCACCCUGGCCUAUGCACCUUCACCCAUCUGCGUGUGCUUAUGAAAACCGCAGCCAGUUAGCCCUUGCUUAGGCUGAGGCCUGUAGACCAGGGGUCAGCAAACUUUUUCAGCAGGGGGCUGGUCCACUGUCCCUCAGACCUUGUGGGGGGCUGGACUAUAUUUUGGGGAGGGGAUGAACAAAUUCCUAGGCCCCACAAAUAACCCAGAGAUGCAUUUUAAAUAAAAGGAUACAUUCAACUCAUGUAAAAACACAUUGAUUCCUGGACCAUCCGUGGGCCGGAUUUAGAAGGCGGUUGGGUCGGAUCCGGUCCAUGCUGUAGACCAUUAGGAGGCUUCUAAACCCACCUUAGCCCAAGCAGGCACUUGGUGGAGCAAACCUGGGAUGGGACGGGGGUCUUUUCUUGUCCUUUGUUGGAACUGGCUGCUCAGAUGUUUCCUCCUCAUUCCCACCCAGGUGAAUUUAGCUGCUUUGUAAUUUAAUAUGCUGGGUGGGAUUGCAACACGGUUCCUUUUUGACUUGGCCUAUUGCACUAGGGAGCACAAUAGCAAGAAGAGCUGGCAUGCUACCUCUGCAGUAAAUGUGUGAGGGGCACCCACUUGCCCCUUGUAGUGACCGAGAAAAUGGGGAGGACGUGUUGCGAGGGGGUAGUGGGGAUCACCAUGGUGCACUGGAUUUGUGUGUCUGGUUUGGAGGCAGAAAACGCUGUGGAAGUCCUUGGCUGGCCAGCCAAAAUAUCUAGAGUUGAAGCUCCGGGGUUGGGUGGAGGCCGUGUGGGGAAGUGGUGGGUGCUGCUGCACUACCCUAUGUGAGAGCUGUUGGCGGGGAGAAUGAACAGUGUAAACAAAGUCUCUGGGCUCCAGAGAGGUUCUCCUGAUGAACCCCAAGGACUUUCCAGCUCUCUCUCACCAUUUCCAUUUAUUUAUUUCCUGGCACCAUGUGUAUAUGCAAUCACAUGGGAGGUGGAGGGAUGCCUGUAUGGUGGAAGGCCCCAGAGCAAAGGCCAAGGCCGUGAAAAUGGGUUGACUUCUUCGCAUUAUUUGUAUACAGUCUAAUGGCCAGCAAGAGUCGAUAGAGAGUAGAGUUGGGAUCAAUUCAGAGUCUGGGUCUUAGGUGGGUGGUUCUCAAAAUGGUUUCUUACUGUGGCCGCAAGUGGGGCCAGAGACAUGCAUGAUAGCUGCCCUGAUAGCCCCAUGCAUCCAUAUCCCAUAUAGAUCAGUGGAACAAACUGCGGCACCUUAGCAGUUGCAUUCAAGACAUACGGGGGUCUUGGAUAACCUCCAUCCUUCAGCUUACCCAGAGAGACUUGGCUCCGACAUUGGUCCAAAGGCAUUCUACAUACUGCACAUCUCUAAGUGCAUCUUUUCGUUGGGUGCCUCUUUAAUGUGAAUCUUUAAUGUGAAUCUUUCAUUGUGUGGUGCUGCUUUGCUUUCAAGGACUGGGUGGGAUUGAUCUCAGCUUCUCUGCUGGAUGCCUUUCAGGUGAAUUGGGAUAGAAGAGUGCAGUUUACAGCCAAUUUGAGACCCUUUUGACACUACCGCAGCAACUUUUCAUCUGAGAGUUGUUGGGGUUUUUUGAGAGAGAUGAUUAACUUAGGGCUGAAUGCAAGCUGGCAAGGUUUUGUGCCCAGAAUUUUUAAAAAGUCAAUAUUUCCCCCCAGAUACUGUGUUUGGGCAGGUGGGAGAUAACUUUUUGAAAAAGCUUCUUAAGAAGCAGGAGACAUAGAAGAAAGGAAGACAGAAGCCAUUCAUCAGAUAGCCCUAUGUUUCUCUGGGAAUUAUGGGUACUAAUGAGGGUUCAGAAGGUCCCCCUUCCUCAUUCAUAGUUGUUGCAGGCAUGGUGGCUAGAAACUUGAUUAUAUGUAUAUAUAUAUAUAUAUAUAUAUGCAUAUAUUAUAAUGUUUCAGUUGCAAAUGGAUACCUGCACUUCCUAGGUGCCCUCCAAUCAGCCCCAAGCAGCACAACUGAUGGAAGUUGUACACUAAAACAGAUGGAGGAACUAGGUGUGUGGCUGCUGGAGGCCCAUGUGGGUGCAGAGCAUCUUCAGGUGAAAUUUAAGCCAAGGCACUCUGCGCUAGAUGAACAUCAAGCUGUCUAAGGAUGCACAGGCAUAAGGUUAGGGAGCGAGUCUACAGUGGGGUGGGGGCUGCACCACUAAAAAAGUGCGUACAAGCAUAAAGGUACAUGGGCUGGCUAUUUAUCUUGGUACCAAAAGAUGCAGUUGCCUAGGAGUCCUCUGGGACUCUCAUUGGCAACAUCCAUUAUAGCCCCUCCCCUGAAUUUUGCCUGAAGUUGCUGCUAUUCCAUUUCUUCUCUGAUCCAAUCGUCAUGCGGCGCUAUGAGAUCUGUCCGUGCAAUGGCACUCAUGCUACUUGGAAGUGCGGUCUGGAGGGCUGACAAUCCAUCCUUGUUUGGGCUGCUUCUGUUUGCCCUUCCAUUCUGCUGCCGGGUCCAGUUUUAGCUUGGAAUUUUCCCCUCCGCCUCUAGUUGUGUUGCGUUCCUUCCAUUCUUGUUUUUACCAUGCCUCUUUUUCUCUAUGUCAACAGGUAGCAAGGGGAUCCUUAUGCAGCACCACGUGAAAUGAACAAAACUCCACAGCCCUCAGGAGGAACCCCAUCAGCCCCACACCCCUCCCCCUCUCCUGGACUUCCACAGGUAAAACGAUUCUCCCUCCCAAGCUGCCAUGUCCCCCUCUGUUUUACAACACGUAAUAAAAACUAUCAUCUUUUCCCUGUUCGCAACCUCCAUUGGCUGCUCUGUCUUCUCUGGUGGCUCCUCUUUAACACAAGUUGUCCCACACACACACACACAUGCACACCUUUCUGCAUUUCUCUUGCCUUUUGCUUGUGGGUCAGUUCUGCACUGUGGGUCCAAACAACCUUGCAAGGCAGGAUUUGAUUGGACGACCCUCUUGAGCCUCCUUUGCAAAGUUUGCCUUAGGCUCUCUGGGUGCGCUGAGUGUUCGCACAAAUUUUCCACGCACCCCAAUCUUGCUCUCUAGAGGGUGGGGUUUGGGUGUGGGUUGGGGGCAGCUACGGAAGCUGCUAACUUCCUCUUCCUCCCUUCUCCCCCUCCCCCAGCAGUCAGCAUUUCCUCCUGGCCAGACGGCACCUGUGGUUUUUAACCCAGCGCAAGCUACCCAAAUGAAUACGCCUUCCCAACCUCGACAGGUAAGGGGGUGGCCGCUCUUGCCACUGCUGCUCUUCGGCCGCGAGAUCUCUGGGGUGGCAGCCAGGCCUUCUCUGAGGGGCUGCCAAACAGGUUCUUCCAUGUGGCUCGGGGAUUGCCGGGCAAAGGGAGUCCUGGAGGCUGACUCCGUCUGCAGGCGCCGCUGACUCAGGAGUUCAUCUGCAGCACAUGCUGGGUGGAUAUGUCUGUUUGGGUGAGCGCAGCUGAGACAGCCAUGAAGGCAGAGGUGUGGUGGAAACUGCCCUAUCCUUGGUCCUCACACAGUGGGGGGUUGGGGGGGUUCUGAGAAGGCAGGUAGGGCAACUAGAUAACUCCGAGGAGUGAGUUGGUGGCGGUGGCGGGGGGAUGCUUGUUUCUGUUAGUGAUGUUCUGCUCUUGUCUCCUCUCCCCUCGCUCUUUCCUGUCUUAGUUUCCAGCAGGGCCUCGUGCUUUACAUCAGCAGGUACUAACCCUUCUCUACUCCCUUCACCGCAUGCUGUGUAUGCAAUCCGGGGCUGGGCUGGGGUGCAUCUACGUUGGGGAGGGGGUUUCCUUGGACACUGCAGGGAAACUGGCUGGAGAAGUGUAGAGGCUGCUGGUCGUUUGUCCUGGCUGGCAAGGCAAGAACAGCCCGAGAUGUGUGGUGCACAUGAUGUAAAAGACAUAAGCUGUGAAGCCCCUGGUCCAAAAUUUUUGGCUGCUGCCUGAGGUUGUCAGGUGGCCCAAGGCAAGCUGCACUCACUUGCCCUCAGCUCUCUGUCCUCAGUAAGAGGAUAAUGACACCAGCCACACCUUACAGGGGUGUUGCAGUGAUCACACGAUAAUAGACGUGAGAUGUUCCGGAUGUUCUGAAGUGCUGGAUGAAUUGCAUUCCUAAAGAGAAGCAUUUUAAAGCACACAGAGAGGAAAUGAAUUAAGUCAAAUAGGAAAAUAAAACAUGGGAAGGCAAAUCUAUAUCUCAGGUGCUCGGCUGUGUCUGCUGAUCCCAGGGGUGACUGGGCUGCUAGGGUCUGUUUGACUGCAGUGUCCAAGGCAGAGGACUCUCCCCUUCCCAUGUGACUUGCAUGACAUGCUGACUCAUGACAGCUGCUUCCCUGCUGCUGCUGCUGCUUCUGCUUGCUUCUUCCUUGUUCUGUGCCACCCCUUCCCUUCCUGUGGAACAAGCUGCCUGUCUGUGCCCAGAGAUUGGUUUUAGGACCAUUUCGGAACUGUUGGCUUGCUUUCCUUUCUCACCCCCCCCCAGUUGCCCUUUGGGGUGCCAUGGAGAGAUGACGAGGCUUCAUAGUGUUGCCCCCCAGACAUUCUCUCGAAAGCUUCAGUUACUGUUAACUUUGAGGGGAUCUGACCCAAAAAAGGUUGGAGGUCUUAUUCCAGGGGUGGGGAACCUCUGGACCACCAGACAUAGUUGUAGUUCCCUCGUAUCAGGGCCCAUUCAUUGGGGGUGAUAGGCGUUUUAGUCCAGCAAAAUAUGUAGAGCCAUAGACUCUCUCAUUCCCAGACGUUACACAUUCAGGAACUGUUUCCUGUAACCCUACAUGCUUGGUUAGGAGUUUUUAAAAGGUGUCACCUAGGAUUUUGAAUCUGGUCUCGUUCCUCCUCAUUGGUUCACUCUGAAGAGCCCAAUCCACUUGUGGUCAAAUAGCACCUGUAAUGCUAACUGAAGAGAUUUGUAUCUUGGCUGCCCCUGUGCUAACCUUGCUGGACCUCAGAUUGUAUUCUCAUUUGAAGCUGGUGUCCCAGUGCCUAGUCAGAACUCCUGACUCCUUGAGUCAGCCUUUGGCUGCGUGGGUGUCAUACACACACACAGUGGACAAAACAUGGAGCAUGGUUUUUCAGUAGAGAAUCUGUGGACCGCUUCAGAUCCCCCACUCCAGUGUUUCUUAAACUUGGGUCCCCAGCAGCUGCUGGACUACAGCUCCCAUCAUUCCUAGCUAGCAGGACCAGUGGUCAAGGAUGGUGGGAGUUGUAGUCCAACAACAGCAGGAGACCCAAGUUUGAGAAACACUGGCCUACUGUGUCUCUUGCUAAAAUACUGGGCUGGGAAUGAGGAAAUCUGGACUUCAGGUUUCACCUCUGCCAUGAUCUCAGUGUGUGACUUUAGGAAGCCACCACCUGUCAAUAUUAGCCUUCCAGAGAAGAUGAUAUUGGCCUGUAUUAUAGUACUGUUGUCAGAGUGAGUGAGAUUUAAAAAAAAAUAAAUUAGCUGGGAAUACUUCAGUUCCACAGUUCAAUUUCUGAAGAUGACCUGUUAAGAAUUAUUGCUACUCAAUACUGGUUCCCUUAGUUCAGAACUGAUUCACUGUGUUAAAUUACACAUUCUAGCAGUUUUCCAGUUUGCAUGCCCAGCAUCUUAAGGAACUGCAGAGUAAAGAGCACCUUCUGGGUGCAUAGAGGGGACUGCCCCAAGGUGGCAAGUUGAUGAUGCAGGGGGAGGCAGCUCCACCUGACAUCUAUGUUGAUGACUAUCUAGAAUAACCCUUGUCCUCAAUGCUUGGAUGGCUUUAGAGCGGAUAGGACAAAAGCUGUGGAGAACAAGGCUCACGGUGGCUGCAAGUCUGGAUGUCUGCAUAGCAGCUCCAGUAUCAGAGGCAUUUGGCUCCUGAAUACCGGCUGCUAGGGAUCAAGAGCUAUCAUGCUCAUGUCCUACUUGUGGCUUCCCAAUGGUUGACCUCUUUGGGAAACCAGAGGGCAGGUUAGACUGGCCUUUGGUCUGAUGCAGCAGGGCUGUUACCAUUCUUCACGUCUGCCCCCCGCCCUCUGGGGACGUCACUAUGGAUCUGGCUGUUGCUAAUGAAGCCCAUGAGAAGUAGCUCGGCAAGAGGUUCCUUGUCACGGCGAGAUAUGCUGGUGGGUCACUGGUAGCCCACUCCCAUCUGUGAUCUCCUCUUCUGCUACAUUGCCCCUUGCCCCUUGGGGUUUGAAUUCCCCUCUUUACCUCUUCCAAUUUGCACAGCACUGCCACUUUGCUAACUACUGAGGCCUCCAGCUGCUUUGGGUUCAAGGCUGUGCACAUGCGCAUGCAAGUACACAUUUGCAGUUAUGGCUCAUUUGGGCUGUGCUUAGAAAGGGGUUGAGGGUGGCUUUGCCCUUCGUAACCACACAUGGCCUCCUUUGUGAUCCCAAAGCUUCCCCUCCCUCGCCCAUCUUCCCAUCUUUUGAGGGCCCACCCAAGAGUUUAGAAAGCUGGAAAACUGAGAUAGUGUUAUGCACUGGCUCCCAGUUUGUUUCCGAGGACAAUUCAAAGUGUUGGUGCUGACCUUUAAAGCCCUAAACGGCCUCGGUCCAGUAUACCUGAAGGAGCGUCUCCACCUCCAUCGUUCUGCUCGGACACUGAGGUCCAGUGCCGAGGGCCUUCUGGCGGUUCCCUCACUUCGAGAAGCCAAAUUACAGGGAACCAGGCAGAGGGCCUUCUUUUUUUAAAAUAAUAAUAAUAAUAUUUAUUAUUUUUAUAGAUUACAAAAAGAGAAAAAAACAGAAAAAAAGACAAAGAAGAAAAGCAAAAAGAAAAAAACCAAUACAAUACAAUAUAUAAACAUUGCAAAACACAACCUAAACUCAAAACUAAACACAUUAAACUAAACUAAACAAACCCCACUCCCUAACCUUAACCCUAAAUGAAACAAAACAAAAACAAUUUAAAAACAUACAUCAUCUCUUUUCCGUACUCUAUCUUUCAUUCCCUUGUUUCCUCGACCUCCUCUCACCUCCCUUUUGUAUUCCACUUCUAUUAAUUGUUUCAGCAAAUCCUUUCCAUCUUUCUCCAUUUUCUAUCAUAUUGUAAAUAACAUAUUUUUAACCUUAUUUUCCAUUAAAACUAAAAUACUUAUAUAUGCUUAACUCCUUAUAAUAUUUCUGCUAAGCCCAUAAAAAAAUCAUUCCACCAUUUUUCUAUCACUCAUUAGUUUUACCAUAAGUCUAUAUAUAAACUUUAAAUUUUCCAAUCUUCUUCCACCAUCUCCUCUCCCUGGUUUCGGAUUCUGCCAGUCCUUUCCGUCAACUCCAUAAAGUCCAUCAACCUGGUGAUCUUAUGUCCGAGGCUCUUAACUCUUUUCCAAGUCCCUUCUGCAGGUCUUCUUCAUUUUCUUUAAUGCUAAAGAGCAAAUCUCGGGGAACUCCAACCUGUCAAUCCUUUUCUUCCUUCUGAACAGAUCAGCCAAAUUUCCAUAGUUAAAGCUACAGUCCAUAAAGUAUUUCAGGGCAUAUUUCAAGAUUCCUCCAAGUCCAAAGGCCCCCAAAACUUCAAUCUCCUCCAGGCCCGAGUCCAUGUCCCAAAAGUCAGUUAAUCCCUGCAUAGAGGGAUCUUUCCAACUUUCCUUCUUUCGUCCAAGCCGGGAUCCAUUCCUCGGAGUCUGACUUUUCUUAGAUUCAAUCAUAAAAGGCCUCAACUUAUAGUCCUCAAUUUGCUUCUGUAAAGCCACGGAUCUCACUUGUAUUACUUUAUGUUCAACAACAGCAGCAUUGUCCUUCUCCUCCUUCUCCUCCACCAUUUGUCCUGCCAAAAUGGAUUCCUGUACCAAGUCCUAAAUUAUUUCUGUGUUGGUGUUCGCUUUUUGACUCAAAUUAGUCACUUUCUGUUCCAAAUUAUCAACUUUAAAAGUUAUAUCAUCCAUCUUCUUGUGAAGCUGUCCCAGCGAACAGCUUAUCUUACAUAAAACAGUCACAAUGGCCUCUCCUGUCAACAUUUCUAAAUGGUCCAAGGCCACUCUCUGGUUCUCAGAAUCCUUAUCUGCAGCUGGAAAUCCCCCAGUUACAGUAACAGUUUCAAAAGCUCCCUCUAGAGGGAAACAGUCUCCACUUGUAUCAGUUCUUUCAGGCACAACUCAAGCAUUAAAGAUAAAUUUUCAGUUACUUUUCCUCUUUUUUAAACGCAGAGGAGGACAAUGGAAACAGUAUCUUACUCUUAUUUAGCUAGCUGUCAAAUCCGUUCUGUCAAAUGCACUCUCUCCAAACGUCAUCUGGCAGCCUGUUCCCAGGUUCAGAGCAGUGGUAAUUUGAUUUUUCACUCUCUCCUGCAGGCUCACUAGAUCCAAAAUUUCCCCCUCUUCUCCUGCUUCCAAGGGGGGUUUUGUAUUUUAAACCGAUGGAAAUUUAAUCCUUUGCCAAAAGCUUUCAAAGACUUUAACUUGUAACGUCUUUGCUUCAGUCUAUUUACAAAAACGGAAGGCGGACUUCCUGUUUAUGACCUUCCCGCUUCAGUGCCAAAUUAAAGUAUUUAAAAAUCCAAUUUUCCGUUUUACUCAUGAGUAGUUGUUUAAAAUCCAAUUGUCCACAGGAAAAAGUCAGCGCUCUCCGGCAACAGCAAUGCGGCUUCACUCCGUGAAAGAAGCAGUCGAUUCAAAGCACCGCGCCACUCACCCCACGUCGCUCCGGAUCCCCAAAACAGGGUUUCCCCGCGAGUAGGGGAGGCGCAAAAGGUGCCAGCCGAAUCCCAGGUUCACAAGCUUCUCCUGCUUGUGAAUUCAAUGGGUGUCCACCUUCGCCGUGGCAGUCAGACCCUGUUUUUCACGGAGCAAGUUCCUCCCGAACGGAGGAGCUCCGCCAUUGCCGGAGGCGCCAACCCGGAAGUCCCAGGCAGAGGGCCUUCUCAGUAGUGGCACCCGCCCUGUGGAACGCCCUCCCACCAGAUGUCAAAGGGAAAAACAACUACCAGAUUUUUAGAAGACAUCUGAAGGCAGCCCCGUUUAGGGAAGCUUUUAAUGUUUAAUAGAUUAUUGUAUUUUAAUAUUCUGUUGGAAGCCGCCCAGAGUGGCUGGGGAAACCCAGCCAGAUGAGCGGGGUAUAAAUAAUAAAUUAUGAUGACGAUGAUGAUGAUGAUGAUGCAGGGAGCACGGCAGCUGAAAGGUGUUUCUUUCCUUCAGAAAUGGGGCAUGGGUUCCAGCAAGCAAGACCUGCUCAUUCAUGGAGGAUAAGGCUCAUUGGCUGCAUUCUGCCUACACUGUUGGAGGCAAUACGCCUCUGAAUCCUAGUUGCUGGUAAAGAUUUUAGGGAUAGUGUGAUUCCACCUGGUUGCAGGUUUCCCAUUGGUUGGCCAAUAUAGGAACAGGAUGCUGGACUAGAUGGCUCUGUGGUCUGACCCUACAAGGCUCUUCCUACAUUUUAGUCAUGGGGAUACUUCAGGUAAAAGCAGUUAAGGCUUUUAUUGGCUUCUCCUCUUUCUGCCCCCCUUCCCAUUGUUGGCAUCCAUCUGUCUCAAGAGACAAUGGAGUGCACCUCCGGGGUGAAGUCAAACCACUGUGUUGGCAGCACCAAAAUGACCUCCCUGGGGUGCAAGCCUGGGCAGAGUGUAUGGAGGUCCUGGGCUGCCCAGAUGACAAGACCCCUCUAUUGGACUCUGAUGUGGUUCAAGGGAAAGCAGAGCAAAAUGUUUGGCACCAGCUUGGCUGCAGCAGUUGCUGGAAGGAGGCGUACAAAUAAUUUAUUCCCAUUUAUUCAUUACAAAAUUGAAAGUAUUUGUGCAAAUAUCCAAUCAUAUACAAAGAAAAGGAACCUUGCGUUCAAAUCUGUAUACAUCUAUUUCCAGCAGUGCUGUCAUUAUAUAAUGCGCAGUUGAACUGCAAACAUCUCCUUACGUUUUCAUACUGUAUCUGCUGGCCUAACCAAAAUAAACAAAUCCCAUCACUUCCUUAAGCAAUCACUUUUUCCUGGUGCAAAGAUCACUUUCCAGUGUUGUGCAAAUUCCAGUCAAUGAGAGCAAACAGUGUUGGAUCACAUAAAGAGGAAAACCGUAUUUGCACAGUUCAGCAGAAAUAGAAAGUUCAAAAAAUUAAAUGAACCUUUCAGAGCAGUUCUACAAAAAUAUUUUUUAAAAAUCAAGAAAAAUGUACAAUACGUAAAAACAUGCAAAUGUUAAAAUGCUAGAUUAAAAUUACCCAACUUUCUAAGCAUCUGUGUAGCCUUAUCUAAAUAAUGUUUUUAGCAGGUGCCAAAAAGACUACAGCAAAGGUAUCAAUAGGCAGUGAGUUCCAAAACAUAGGUGCUAUCACAGUAAACAAUUAAGUUCUUACAAAUGUGGAACGGAUAUUAUGUGGCAUCUGCAAUAGUGCCAAUUCCAGCCAUCGAAGCGAUCGCGUGGAUAUGUGGUGUAAGCCGAUCUCAUAGACAAACUGGUCCCAAGUUGUUACGGGCUUUAUAUUCUGAUACUAACACCUUGAACUUGGCUCAGUAGCAAAUGGGCAGCCAGUGCAGGUCUCUGGACACAGUUGUUACGUGCUGACAAGGCCUCAUUCUUGUCAGCAAUUGUGCUGCACCAACUGCAGCUUCUGGAUCAAGCACUAGGGAAGCCCCACAUAGAGCGCUGUGCUGGGGUGCUACACCCAGAUGCAUAUUCUUGUAGGACUUGUAAAGAACACUUUUGAUUAAUGUUUUCAGCAACUUCCGUGACUCUUGAGUGCUGCCAGGCGCCCGUCUUACAUUGAAGUUCCCAAGGAUGUGUUCCAAGUCAAUUAACUGAUGCCAUAGGUGACAUGUGCCAUUUCAACCUUCCUCUUUCCCUGUGUCUCCAAUAAAGACAUUAUUAUAAAAUAGUUAUUAUUAGUAAAUUCACACUGCCCUUCACCCAAACACCACAGGGCAAUUUAACAGCAUUAAAAAUCCAAAAUGAAAACAAAACCGUAAUAAGAACAGCAAAAACUGCAAUAUCUUCUUUUCUAGGUUACAGGAUUUGUUGCCUCUAUUAUGGGAGACACUGCGGAUAAAUCCCUAGUUCAGAGUUCUUACUCGGGGCCAGCAGCGUUUUGGGCGCUGUGACAGCCUCUGCCGAAAGGCCGGAGCAGGAGAUGCUAGGACGUGAGUGUGAGAAGGAGGCAGAUUAUAUAGAUGAGCUUGGCAGCCAGUGGGAAGAAGGCAAGGGGAAGGAAGACGAGCCAAAAUGCAGAGAUGGAGAACGCUUUGCAAGUGAGGGCUGGACCACUUGCAAGUUAAAUGCAGAGCAUGGCAGUCAGUGUAAAGGAGGCCAGCACCAUUUGUGACUCACGAGCUGAUCUGAACGCAGCACAGCUGCACAUUCUGGCCUGCCCAGCUGCUUGACAAACAACACCCUCCCCAAAAAACACACACACACUUACUUUUCUGCAGUCAGGUUCAGAGUUUCAUUGAACCCUUGGUGGGAAGUAGUGUAAGGACUUUGCAAGCAGAGUUGUUCCCCAGGAUGGCAUUUUCUUGCCUCUGGUCAUGCAUCCCAGCCUAUUUCCCUUUUCUUCCUUGAGCCGCCGCCUCCUCCUCCUCCUCCUCCUCCUUCCCCCGCCCCCAAUUCCAGUUUCCUUCUCAUGGCACUGCUGUUGCUUUCCUGCUCAGCAUUCAGCUGUUCCCCUGAGCCUGGUAACUUGUCUGGCUGUAGGUAACUCUUGUCUCUUUCUCUUUCUCUGUGUGUCUCUCUCCUCUCUCCCUUUUCUCCUUGUGUGCGUGUGCGCGCGUGCGUGCGUGCUUGCUAACAGGGAGGAUUCAGGUCUCUUCAGGUAAUGCCUUUUCUAUAACCCUACUCUGGUUGGGAGCGGGAGGGUCCGAGCGUUGGCGCAAGUCACUUAGAGCCCACUCUAGUCUCCAAUCCGUAGCUCGGUGCACAACUUUAACAGAAGUCAAUAUAUAGGGUCAGUCUUUGUGGAGAUGGGGAGAAGCACAACUCCUUGGCUAGAGUACCACUUUCAUUGUGCAGAGGGCUGAGAAAGAGAGUCACGUGAAUCGGCGUGAUCCAUAAUGGGCUUCCUUUGCAUCCUGGCAAGGGGUGGAGAUGUUCUGUACAGAUCUGGCUGCCUCUGGAACAUCCUCUUGCUCUUGUUUAAUUUCUUAAAAAAUAUUUGCUCUGUGGGUUGCAGAAUUCACUGCUCUUGUCUUCUAUUCCCCACCACCCGCUACCUUGCCUUGCCCAUGUGAUGUUGCGUUGCAUCCUGGGGCUUGUAUGCAUAUGCCGUAGCACCUCUAGAAACCCCAGGUUGGCUGCAGAUGAGCUUCAUGUGUUAGUUCUGUGAAAUUCGGGAGGCAACCCAGGCUUGAAAUUGCCUAGUGUUGUCAGUUCCUGUUGGAUGUAGUCAACUAUCAUUUGAUCUUGAGUUUUGAAGAAACUUGACCCAUUUGUAGUCAAGGUAAUUUGCAUCAUGUAUCCUCUCUGCACAUCUUGCAUUGAGUUUGUUUUGUUGAGUUUUGGUUAUGCUUAUUUGACGAAGGAGGACCUACACACAUAGAACAGUAUAGCAUUGAAGGUCUGCAACAGGAGACCCCAGGCUAAAUUGAACCGUUUUCUCUGCCCCUUCAGCUUUAUUUGUGGACAAAGUGGUGGGCCACUCUUAAGAGGUGGAAGUGCCAACCCACCACCAUUCUCCUGUUUCUCACAGUGGUCCUUCAGGUAAACUAGGUUGCUGCCUAGGGCUGCUGGAGGAUUGUGGCCUCUGCCAUCUUAUCAUAGAGACCCUGUAACCUUCUGUCUGGAAGACCAGAGCAAGGCAUGUGGAAAUUGGCCAUUUGUUUUUCUCUGCAGCCUUCCAGGUCCCGAAACUUGCUUUCGUUCUUCGAAAUAAAAGCAAAAGGCUUGGUUUGCAGAGAAUCCAGGUUUGGCAUUGGCAGUCCCUGUGCCAUGCUUUUAUGGGUACAGGCAGAUUCUUGUGCGCCACCUUCUCCACGUAGCCACAGCCAGAGUUUUUGGGAGGUGGACACGGGACUGGCAGCUGUGUCUUUGGGGUUUCCUCAGGCCAGGCCUUGCUAACCAAGCAUGCCCCUCUCUCUUCUCUCUCUCUCUCUCUCGAAGCAUUUCUACCAGAACAGGGCCCAGCCUCCGACAAGUGCUUCCCGGGUGCAGAGUAAUACGUCGGCUCGGCCUGGCCCACCCACUCAUGUUUAUCCAGCUGCUUCCCAGGUGAUGAUGAUCCCCUCACAGAUCUCCUACCCUGCUUCGCAAGGCUACUACAUCCCUGGACAGCAGGUGAGGGCUAGAAUGGGGCUGAGGGCAGACCUGGAGAGCUCUUUGCACUUUCCCAAGCGAGCCUUGUCUCCGGGAGCCUGCUGCUGGCUUGUUUUUCCUCGGGCCUCUUGAUAGAGUUGUGGGUCAGGCUUCGGACCCUCGCUCCUGGCGCCCUCACCUUGACUGCGUACCUGUUAACCCCCAGCACUCUCCUCCUGCCUCCAACGUUUCCUGUGGUUAUCUAUGGGCACUGCUGUCUUGUUUCGUAAAAUAAGAUUAAUGGUAACCCCGCUUAUGCAUGUGCACACAUUCCUAGCAAACAUGCUGGUCAGAAACAGGGCUCUGGCAAGCCCUGGGAGCAGCAGGGAAAUGUCCACAGUCCUGAUGAGAGGGGGCAGUUGCAGAGAUUUGGCAUGUCUGAUGUGAUCCAUGUCCCGCUUAUUGAGCGAUAGGAGCUUAAGAGGUAGCAAAACUGCUCUUGCAACCCUGCGUGUGAACUAUUUACUUCAUAGGACACGUAACCCACACUAUCCUAGGGCUUGGGGUGGGUAACCUGCUAAUUAUGCUGCCCUCUCCCUCCUCGUUCACCCCAAAUGAGUUUGAAUAAAUAGCCUCUUGCACCAUUUCAGGAAACCAUGAAAGGCCGGGCUUGGGUGAGUCACCCAGAACUGAGGGAUGACCUCUGAGAACUGAGGGAUGACCUCUUGUGUGUGUGCACGUUUCAGAAUGGUUUGAUGCACCUAUGAUGUCUGUAUGGGCUGCAAAGUUUAAUCCGUUUAAACCAUUUUGAUCAACUCAAAAAACAAAAAAGUGACCCCUGAUUUUGUCAGGUAGCGGAUCUAAAAUGUAAUGUUGGUUUCAGGGUGGAUAAAAAUCAGUGAUUUAAAAAACGGAUUUUUUAAAAUUGGCUUUUUAAAAAUUUAAAUCGGAUUUUUAAAAUAAAAUGCUUUUGGAUGAAAAAUCUUUCUAAAGAUAGUUUUCUGUUCAAGUUAUGUUAUAGUCCAAAGGCUAUUAAUCAGGAAAUAAGGAUUUGUUUUAAGUCUAAGUUUUUUUAAAAAAAGAUUGUUUAACCACAUCAGUUAACAAACAUGGAUACAUAUGCUAUAAUGUUAUUGUUUGAGUUAAAUAAAUUGUUUAAAUUGUUAUUAAUGAAAUGAUUAUUUUUCUCCUUCCAAUAAAGUACAGUAGAAAAGUUGUCCAAAUAUAAACAGUUAACUUACUAAACCUCACAAUUUCCAUAAUUAUCUGUCUAUGUAUUUCUAAUAGUAAAACCCAAUCAGUAAUUUUUGGUAUAACAGUAAAAACUACCCUGAAAUUUUAUUAUUCCAAAAAUGAAACCUUCAUCUGGUUGUAAAUAUUAAGCUUAUACCAGCAAGAGUGAGUCUUUGUGUAAAAAAACGAUUUAAGUCAAGUCUUACUGACUUACUGGUUGGUUUUAAUACAAGUCUUUUCAAAAGCUGCAAAGGGCAAGCCUUGUUUUUCAGAAAGCAUUAACUUGUACAGGAAGGCAGGGGGGAUCUCUCAUUGGUGAUGCCUGCAUCAACUCCUGGGCACACCAUAAAACAAACAAACCGUGCUGCUGUUUUCUUUUGAACUGGUGUGUAUUCUUGUGUGAAAAUGUAUACAGAGAGGAUGUUGACAAUUUAUUUCACUCGUACUGUUUUUAUCAAUUUGAGAUCUGAUCCACUUGCAGCCCUAAGCUCUCCUGGGGUAUGUGUCUACUAUUUAUUUAAUUUCUAUGCCGCCCUUCGGUCCAGGUAUCAUAGGGUGGUUUACAAUAUAAAACCACAAAAAACAUGGGAACAAACGAAAACAACUCCUGCUCCCUCUACGUUUUAAAAGGCCAUGGAUUGUUUAAUUAGUCAAAUGCCUGGAAGAAGAUGAAUGCUUUUGUCUGGUGCCUAAAAAUAUAUUGUUGGGGUUCCGCAGUUGCUCCCCCCCUUCCAAGCGUAUUGUUGCCCAUGGAAGCUACCCAUGCUCCUGGGACACUAUGUUCCCUCCACUCCCACAUUUUCACCCCAGAUGGUGCAGUGGAGAGGCUACUGAUCUGGGGGUGUUGUUGUUGAAUAUGUGUGUGAGUAGGCUGCACAUGUAAUUCUUUCAGGUGAUGGGUAUCCAGCUACUGGGUACCUUCCAGCCUCACUUUAUGCCAGCAUCCAUCAUAAGAGUGCUUUUAAGCUGGUGUGGAGAAGCUGCGGAGGAUCAGAAAGGCUGUAGACAAAUGGUAUCAGGUGGCUUCUGUGUCAACCCUUACCUAGGAUGGGGCAUAGAGUUAUGUAGUGCUGGAUAAGGGAUGAAUGAGCAGGUGCUUCGUGACUCAUUAAAGCGGAUGCAAAAGAGCCAGAAUUUGGAAACGCCCCCUUCAGUUAGAAAAUGCCUUCACCACCUCUAGGGAGGUUGGAUGUAAGCUUUGCAAAGCCGCAGCUUGGUCUCCCCAGGUUUACGAGCCCCUUAGUGGGGUUGAUGGUGUCUUUUGUUCUCUGUGUUUAUUGCGGCCUUGCUUAUGGCCCCGCUCCUCUUGAUCUGGUGGACAUUACUGGGGCAUUACUUCAACCCCUAUCCCAUUUGUGUCAAGUCUUCCUCCUCCAAGCUUAAUCUCGGGCACUUACUUGCUACCCUAUUCUUCCUUUUCCUCUCUGACCCAGGGCCGCUCCACAUACGUUGUUCCGACUCAGCAGUAUCCUGUUCAGCCAGGUGCCCCCAGCUUUUACCCUGGAGCCAGCCCCACAGAAUUUGGCACCUAUGGUAAGGGGACGGGUAUGACUGUCAUUGUGUGGUGUGUGUGUGUGUGGGGGGGAAAUAUAUCACUACAUGUUCUGUUUGUAGCAUUGCCGGGGGUUGAACUUCCAGUUCCAUUGGGGUCCCUUCCAGUUUUAAGAUCCUGUGAUUUUGGUGGUGUGUAAAAUUGCAGGGUGGGAGCAGUUUUUUCUUUGCCCGACUGAGCGCUGAUGGCAUCCAGUGUGUUUCUGCUCUUGAUCCUGUUCUGCAAGUUCCAUCUAUGUGCAAGAUGUCUCUGGGCUCGAGUCACUUUUGCAGUUUAGCCUUGAGCAGUGGCUUUACUUGCUGUGAAAGUGUGGAAGUCAACUGAUGUUCUCCUUGCUUGAUUAAGUUAGAAUUCCUUUUGCUGCAGUCAUUCAGUGGCACGCACAGUCAAGAAAAUCUGGGGUGGAGUGGGGGGAGAGGAUGUUGUGGGAGGGAGAGAAGUCUAGUUUGACUUAGGUCUUAAACUGCAAAAUGAAAGGAGGGUCUCGAUUGUGGGAAGCCUCCAAUUGAGUGUGGUUAAGAAUUCACUUCUACAUCACUGUUCGUUACCCAGGUUAGGGACCAACUCUUAAAUAAAACACAGAACCAAGGAAACUAAUUCAAGUCCCGCAUCCAGGAGGGACCAUCAAUAAAAAGUAUUUACACUAAACAUUUGGCCCAAAAAUCUAGUUUUCCAGUUUUACAAAUUCACUGAAUAGCAACCCAGUGUUCUGAUUGGAAAAUUAUUAUAAAACUAGUUCAGUUACAGCCCGAUUCAAAAUUGCUUCUGUUCUUUCUGAUUGUUGAUUCGCACGUGUGUGUGUGUGUGUUUUCCAAGUGAUUCUCCUCUGCCCCUCACUCCCUUCAGACUAGAAUAUGGAAGUGCAGGAGUAUCUAAUCACUGAGCCAAAUAUGUUUUCAGAAGAGACUGGGGGAGUCCCAUGUAGUUGGAUUCUUACCUCUGGACUGCUAGUCUAUUCCCUUUCUGUGGCUGUGCUCUGGAAAUCUAGCUAACAAACAAGCAAACUGAGUGGUGCAAGAGAUUUUUGUUCCAGGAGGUUGAGCCUAUGAUUUUUGACAAGAUUGUAGGCUGCGCAUGAUUGUAGGCUGUGCUCACUAUCCCAAUUAGUUGCAAGGUUAGACAAAGAGAGACGCUGUAAAAGGAGAGUAUAUUGGCUCAAGAUUACAUAGUAGAUGCAGUUGCAAAUAGUUGUGUCAUUGUUCCAUUUUCAGUAGGGGAUGAGAAUUAAGGGCCUUAAGAACAGGGUUCUGGGGAGGGCAGAUGAGAACCUCCCUGUGUGUGUAUGUCAAAGAGACCUUUGCUAGUAUGAAAGCAAAGACUGCAGCAUAGUUAUUAAGCGAUUGAGCUAUGAGACAGCAAGUUGCCCUGUUCAGAUGUUGUCUCAGCCAUAAACUUGCUAGAUAGCCGAUAGCCUGAGGCAAGCUGCCGUUUUUUGCUGUCAGCCUCUCUGCCUUUUUACAGGGCAAGGGGGAAGAAUUGUGGCCUACGUUAAAGGGCCAUUGUAAGGAUCGCUGAGAUAUAACGUACGUGAAUAGAUGUAAAAGUUCAGAAAACUCUUAGCACUUUCCCUAUAAAAGCAGAGUUAACUGUGAGAUGAUUAGGUCUGUUGGAGUUCUGGACAGCACCAUUUAAGAUCACAAGAAGGUCUGAGCAAAGGGCUUUCUAGUUCAGCAUCCUCUUACCUACAGCUGCUUGCCAGAUGCACCUUGGGAGUCCUAUCAGCUGGUUAUGAAGGCAGUGGCUCUCUCUCCCACAGUUGCCCCCCAGAAACUGGUAUUCAUUGUUUGCUGGCUCUGAAAGAGUGCAGGGUGGGGCAGAUGUGUUUAUGCAGUGCUUUUUUCCUAAAAAUGUUUUGACUCAAGAAAAUCACCAUUUUUAUAGUUCAAAUUGGGAAAAAUAAAUACAGUAAAUGGACAAAAGUACAAAGAUUCACAAAAUGUUUAGGGGUAUGCGUCCCCCCAGAAAAAAACUUUUUCAUGUGCUAGUUCACACUACACACAGGGAGCUCUUUGUAUUGGAAGUGUGUUUGAAAAAUGCAUGAUCUUCCGCUGUGAUUUUGAAGCGAUGUUUAUAGGAGCAGGCCACACGGAAUUGGCACUACUACAGGUGCCGCAGAAUACCCAUUCCACAUUUGUAAGAGCUCAGUCAUUUAGUGUGCCAGCGGCUAUGCUUUGGAACUCCCUGCGCAUUGACAUCGAGCAGGUGACUUGAUUUUACUCAUUUUUGUCAGUGUUUGUAAAAAGCAAAAAAAGAAGAAGGAAAGGGUUCUGACCUCCCUUUGUCUCCUCAGCCUGGUCCUCGGACACUUGUCGGCACAAAAGAGUCCACGAGAAUAUCCUUGCAGAGUUUUAUUCUUAAAAGUCCUUGUGCAAAACACGACUGAAUAACUAUACACACCAGCACCAACCAACCAACCAACCAACCCAAACACCAGCCUCAGCACCAAACUAACAUUUCUCACUAUAUAUACAAGCUGCUGAGUCAUGCUGACCCAGCUUUAUUUGCAUUAAAGAAACAGCGGCCAUUUUAGCCGUGACACCCCUUCUGUUUCUUAAAUGCGAAAAACCCCAACAGAAACAAUACAUACAUACAUUACAUACAUAAACCCAGUUUUGUCAUCAAUUCAUUAUGACAUGUUGCUGGCAAAGGCUUGGUAAACAAAUCAGCAAUAUUAUCUUGUGAUUGACAAUACUCCAGUUUGAUUACCCCAUUCUGUACACAAUCUCUUACAUUCGCAUGAUGGAUAGCAAUAUGUUUUGAUGCGGAUUUCAUUAUUUCCGAGCCCGCUAAUGCAAUGCACAAUUGACUAUCUUCAUACACUUGGAUAGGCAAAUCUACUUUACAAUCUAGAUCUUUUAGUAUCUGUAUAAACCACAAGCUUUCGUUGCAUGCUAGCGAUAGGCUCCCAUAUUCUGCCUCACAGGCAACCAGCUUUCAGGCAAACUUGAAAGGAUAAUGUAGGUUUGGUCAGUCUCAUCAUAACGCUUACCUCUCUGCUGUAGUUGAAGAAACAGAGAUUUCAGCAUUUGAAGAUGAGUUGCCAAACUCUCAUCUUCCUUCAUAACAGUCCUGAACAGCCUUCUGGUCAGAGAAAUGAUAGUUCCAGCAGUUUCUCUGACAUGCAUUGCCCUUAAUAAAUUCCAGCACUCAAACGCUGUGCUGGCAUUUGCUACAUGCAAUAACUGAGAGUUGCUCAAACACAGCAUAAUUUGGGCACAGGCCCUUUCAUCCAGCCGUUUUUUCUCAGCAGAGUCCUGUCUCAAAACCUCAGUUUCAACACAGUCCCAUAGUCCAUCUCUCCUUAACAACUGCUGCAUUUUAAUUGACCAACUCAGCCAGUUGUUUUCUGAGAGAAGUUCAAAAGGGAUGCCUCCCCCAAUAUUUACAACUUGGGAAGACUGGAAAUCUGCCAUCUCUGCUGGUGCUUGCUGAGCCCCUUCUGUAGGGCCUCCAGCAAUCUCUCCUGACUCUCUCUUUAGAGUCCAACUGGAUGGUCCUGGCUGGCACUCACCGGCUUCUAGCUGCUGCCUCUGUUGACCCUCAGGUCCCGCCUGGCUCUGCAACUGGUGUAGCCGCUCUGUGAGUCGCCUACUGUGGUCCUCCAGCAGUUCAAACUGUUCCAGUAGCCGACGCUGAGUGCUUUCCUGAUCCUCAGAUCCUAGCCGCUCCAGCGUCACUGCAGACAGUUACAGCUUGCCACCAACUGCUCCAACGCACAGCCGCUGGCUCCAGGCACCACCAGGACUCACCAGCUCCCUGCUGAGAUGCCGUCAGUCGUUUUGCACUCUGCACAUGCUCAGAAACACUGGGCCCAUAACCUGUCAGUGUUUGUAAAAAGCAAAAAAAGAAGAAGGAAAGGGUUCUGACCUCCCUUUGUCUCCUCAGCCAAGUCCUCGGACACUUGUCGGCACAAAAGAGUCCACGAGAAUAUCCUUGCAGAGUUUUAUUCUUAAAAGUCCUUGUGCAAAACACGACUGAAUAACUAUACACACCAGCACCAACCAACCCAAACACCAGCCUCAGCACCAAACUAACAUUUCUCACUAUAUAUGUACAACCUGCUGCAAGCCGCUGAGUCAUGCUGACCCAGCUUUAUUCGCAUUAAAGAAACAGCGGCCAUUUUAGCCGUGACAAUUUUGGCGACUGCUAAAAAUCUCCUUGUUUAGACAAGUCUACUCAGGUGCUUAGAAAGUUGAGACAGUUUUAAUUUGUUUUCAUAUUCUGUAUGUUCUAAAAUGCAGUUGCCUUUUUUUCUUGAUUUUCUUGUUUUACCUUUAUUGCUUGGGGGAUUUUUGAUUUUUGAUUUUUUUUUACAAUCAAGCAGUGUAUAAAUUUUAUUAAAUAAAGACGUGUUUGAUAAAGAUAAACAUAAGGGGGGGGGUUGCAUGUGCUGGAAGGAGGCCUAGUCUAAAACUGAUCGAUUUCUAGUUUAAUUUCCUCUCACCCCCUUGCUUUUUACCAGAUGCGCUGAUUCUCACACUUCAAGGAAGGGAGCAUGCAGUCCCAGUAAUAACAUUUUUAUUAAAGUUUUUCAUACUACAGUAAGAUAACAGUGUGUGUGUGUGUGUGUGUGUGUGUGUGUGUGUGUGUGAAGUAGAGCCUUAGCUCUUGCUGGGGUGGCAGGCCUGUGUCUGGGCUGCAUCACUUCAGACUGCAUGCGUGGGCUCAGGUGAUCAGAUGUUUGUUCUUACAAGACGUUGCACGCAUUUUUGGGGCUGUUGGGGGAUUUCAUUGUAUGGACGAUUGUCAAAUCGUGGGAACCCUCACCUGCAGUCUGAAAACGUACAGCUGCUACCCAGCUUAGCUACCACAGCAAGAACUAGGCCAGAGAAACGGGUAGCAAUGUGAGAAUAAGAAACCCCACCACCUGGGACUUCUCUGAGAGGCCUCCUGGUGGUACUGUUAAGAACAGGGGUGGCCUUAAAAUGUUCCAUCACCCAUCUGCUCACAAGAUGGCUCAGCGGCCAGGGAGGAUGGCAACUGUAGGCCAGCAGCACCUGUGUGAAUGCUCUCAGGUUCUCCAUCUCUGGUCUAGAAACUUGGGGAGGUGUUUGGUUAAUUGCAAAGCAGAGAUUAUUGGGAGAGUCAGAGUGAGCAGGUAAGGAUAUAUAUUUGGAGCGAGAUGGAAGGGUGAAGCCUAACAGGGAGGAAGUGUUAAGCCAGCCCUGAGCUGCACAUUCAAAUAAAUAAAAGAAAACAUGCAGUGGAAUGGCAGAAGAAUUGAAAAAUCCAGAGCCAAGCUCCCAUGUCAAUUUCCCGCUUGCCAGCUUUGUUGGUGCAGAUUUUCUUUCCAAUCCCACUAUUGCCUUAGGGAUACUUAAAGUCCUUAGUCACCCACCCACCCAAAUGGUUUGGUCCAGAUUUCCUCUGCUGAUUCUGGAUCAAUGGCCGUUGUUAUUUAUUGUCAAAGGAUAAAAGGCAGGGAUGGGGAGCUUGUGGCCUUCCAGGUGUAGUUGGACUCCAACUCCCAUCAGCCCCAGUCAGCAUGGCCGACGAUCAGGGAUGAUGGGAGUUGAGAGUCCAGAAAAUAUCUGGAUGGCCACAUGUGUCCGCAUUCAUGGCGUAAGCCUGGGAGGUUCACACAUUCGUCUCUUGUCUUGCUACCCCUAAAUGUCACAGAAAUGGGACAUUUUUGAAGCCCGACUCCUGUUGGAAGUGAUCCUGAGCUGUGAAACAAUAGUUCUGAUGGCAAACUGAGGCCGUGGUUGCCCUGGCAAGAGGGCGUGGGAAGCAAUCUUGCAUGACAUUCCCUCAAAGUGACUGAGAACUGUGCACACUUGUUCUCUUCAACUCCCGUUUGGUCUCAAUACUUUUAUUUGUUUUGAAAUAAUUUAGCCCGCGAAAAUACAGUUCCAAGAGCGACUCAGCACUAGAGUGUUGGAUCAUGCCCCCUGUGUGCUUGGGCAGGUUGGGUGCAGGAUCCGUCUCGUCUCAUCUCUAGGGGCCCCUCUCCUCUUCUCCUUUCUGGUGGGGUCAGUUUAAUCUUUAACUGCCCAGCCAGUGGCUGCGCAGACUUUAACCUCAGCCUGGCUUUGGAUUGCUGCGGCAGCACAGUAAGGGAGCUGCGGGUUUGAUAGCAGCCCCUGACCCAGUCACCCCUGAAGUGGCUUUUAGUCUUACGUUUCCAAGCCACAAUGGUGGGUGGGUUUGCGCAUGCGCAGCAGGGGAGACAACACAUUCUCAGCUCUGCCUUGCACAGAUUUGCUGCUGUUGGAGUGCACACUCUCUCCUCACCACCCCAGGAUUUAAUAUUCCCCCAAAGCUCUUCUGUCAAGUUGCCUUGAGUGUUUGGUCCUCCUCUUCCUCCCUCCUUCCCUCCUUCCCUCCCUCCUUCCCUUCCCCACAUGGGGCUCACAUGAUCACUGAGCACUAUUGCUAUAUUUAGCCUGGACCUGUCCCAGUCUGCUCCUGCAGACUCAGAAAUAUGAGCUGAGGCCUCCAUCCCAUCCCAGUCCUGCAUGUCAUAGUUCUUUCAGUGCUGCAGAGGUUGCAAAAAAAAAGCAAAAACCCUCCUGCCCACACCCUUUCCCGAAAGGUAGGUGCAUUCAGCUUCUUCAGAGGGCUGAGUUGCAGCGGGUGUGCUGAGCCUGAUAUGCUGCCUGCUCCUAUCCCAUCCCUUCCGUGCAGAGUUGGGGCCUCUAGGAGAGAAGCUUGUGUGUUCAGGACCCCAAUCUGACUCCUGUGCCUUGAGACCUGGGGUAGCAGGAAGCAGUUGAUCAAUGCGCAGUUUCUCCUCUUGCAAGCCUGCGGUGAUUGGAGGAGGUGAGCUUGAUGGUCCUCUCCCCUGCUGCCCAUCUCCCACAGGCACUGGCAGCUUCCCUUUCCAGGAUCGCUGCCUGCUUGGGCAGCCUCAUGCCACGGCCGGCUUGCUGCGUGCUUCUGCGGCUGCUUGCUUCAGGGGUGACUGUCAGCUUAUGAAAGUGCCGCAUUGCACUCCCCACCCAUAAAGUUUAUUAGGCCAGAUGACUCAGCACGGGUAGAGGGCUGCUUCCAUGUGCUCAGAACAGGCUAGACUAGUCAGUGCAGCAGCUCCUCUCUAUGGUCUAGCACAUGCAGGCAAUGCGCAGGCUGCGGGGUUGGAGCUUAGGCGCACCUGUGGAACUUGGGGCAUUCGGGGUGGAAACACCUUGACUAUGGAGAGAGAGUCCCACAGGAGGUCUGGAAAGACACUUCCUCUGUAGCUCGUGAUCAUUUUUGCUUUGAAUUUUCCCCACCCUUUAGAAAUCCUUUGAAUGCCUUCUUUUGUGCCUCCCCUGGUCCAGGCUACCUUAGCUCUGACGAUAUGCAUCACACCUCAAGGGUUUCUUGCUCCCACCCCCAAUCUUGUUCCUUCUGAUACCUGAUUCACUUUGGCCUGGUUAUUGGAAGGACUGAGCCACAGUUGCCUUGCGGAAGGUGUGGGGAACCAGAUGUUGCAGAACUACUGCUCAUCUUAGCAAGCAUGGCCAGUUGUCAGAAAUGAUGGGAGUUGUAGCUGAAGAACAUCGGGGGUGGGGGGGACAAAGGUCCUCCACACUAGGGCAGGACAAUAUCUGGUUUUCAGCUUUGUGAUAUAUCACCAGCUAAACAUUGUAAUAUACUGAUACAUUACAAUGUCUGAAAUAAGGAUGGAGCUAUGUAGAGGCAUUGGCUAGCUUCACAAUUUUUACCACAUUGUGAUUUUUGCAUAGCACACAUGUACAUACACCCACAUACAUCAUGAUUUACAGUAUAUUGCCAGGUCAAAAAUUAUGAAACCAGUAUCAUGGCAUGGGCUUGAAAAUGGUUUUGGACGCUAUAUUGAUAUAUCACUCAGCCCUCCCCCAUGCUGUGCUGCAUUGCUUUGGUUCUGUUUGAGGAAACCACGGCAAUUAAACUGCUUUUGAAGCUUCCCUUGUAGCACAGUUGUAAAUUGGAACAUUUUGUUCUGUUAUUAUUAAUCAAGUUGGUAACCCCUUGGAUGUGCAGGACAGCUAGGAAGUAAACACUAGCAGUGUCUGGUAGCUAUGCCAUCUGGAGUCUAGGUUCCUCCCAACCCAGAUUGCCUGGAUUGCACACAGCUGUAAGGGUGCUCAAUGCCUAAGGAAGUGUGGGAAACAUGACCAGAAUCCCUGUCCCUGUUUUAUUUCCACCCUUCUCUUCUCCAUGGGCUCUGUUUUACCACAAUCGUUAAAGGCUGUCCUCCCAUCAUUUUGCCCAAGCGCUGGUCAAGGCAUAGUCCAGUUUCAUGGUUGCCUCCCCUGCCAAAGGCACUCUGUCCAUCAUUACACCUUAGCAUCACAUUUAUCUUGGGGUUUUCUGUCUGCUCAGCCCCAGAGGUCAACUAGGCGAAGCUUUUCCAUUGCUUUCCUCACUUCGCAUCAGCAGGUGAGAUGUUUGGGAGAGCAACCUCGGAAAUCCCUUGAUAGUUCCUCUCAAGGCUUUGCUGCAAAUAUCCAUUGGGAUUGGGUGGCCCACAGUUGAAAUAUCUCAUUCUGCCAGGAAGAUGUCUGUCUGGCAGAUUUUGGGCGGCCAGAAAGAAAGUACAUCUUCGUAUGGUGCUUAAUAACUUACGGAUUUUUUUGCCAUAAGCUGUAGGAAGUGAAUUUGUCUGAAGUUGGCUAUAUGGUGCACCCUUUAGUAGUUCUGCUAUUUGUUUGCUCCGGUUUUUCAUGUUUUCUACGUAUUGAUGUUUUAAAAUGUGUCUUGGUGAGUUUUUAUGGCAACUUUUCGCCUUUUGAGUUUGCUCUAGGGCAGGAAUGGCGAACCUGGUGCCUCCCAGAUGUUCAGAGCCAGCAGGGCCAGAGGCUGGGGAUGAUGGGAAGUGUAGUUCAAGAGCACCAGCAGAGGCCACAGGUUCCACAUCCCUUCUGUGGAACCUGUAAUUCUCAACACGAUUGCUUCUCCACUCAUUUCUAGAACUCCUUGCCCUCCCCUAGGCUCUCUUAAGUUUUGUCUCCCAGAGUCUUGGAUUCAAAAUAGUCUGCCCAAUGGAGAGACUAGGUGGGUGCCAUGCAUGCUGGGCAGAAGAUAAGGCCACGAAGCUUGGGAAGGUGGCUGGGGGAGGAGAUGCCUAGAGCCAGUCCCUGCUUCUGUACAGUCUUCCUAUCUCUCUUGUUUGCUGCUUACAGAGAGAGUUGGUUUGGAAGGAAGUUUGGAGAAGAGCUGAGGAGGUGGCCCAGGGAAUUCUGGGGACACGCAGUUCUAGACCACAGCCAUACUUUCAUUCCUCCUCUCCUUGCUCCAUGCAACCAGGCAAACAAGGCCACAGAUUUAGCUAGUUACAGCAGUAGCUCUUCAGCAUGCCUUAAUUUAGGAUGGGGCAGCCUCAAAGCAAGGGGUUGCCCCAGGUGGGGAAGUGGGGUGGCUUAGGGACGCUCAGGAUCAUGGAGAAAGAAUGCUGAGGUGUCGCUUGCUGAACAAGUUGGUCCGGUUUUGACAUUCCUGACCAGGUCUAGAGGCGAACGUGCCACCCUUGAGCCUCCUGCCUCUUUUGGGAGUUCCUCCUGGGAUAUUCAUUCUCUCUCUUCUUGUUCGUACGUGUGUGGAGGGGGAGCUGAGCAGUGACUUGCCCCAGUGCUAGUCGGGGGAUUAUUUCCCCCACUGAAAAAGGUGCUUGGCAAUAUCACCUGAUGGCUCUGCCCUGCGGUUCAUUCCUUUAAGCUUGUGAGAUGAGCUCAGGAACUACACCUGCUGAUGCAUGAUUUGCCCCUUGGAAUUCUGGGACAGCAGUUCCUUAACUUUCCUCCUUUUCUCCCCUCUCCAGCUGGUGCAUAUUACCCUGCCCAGAGUGUGCAGCAGUUCCCUGCUGCUCAGGUCAUCAUGAAUCAGCAGCCACCGAUCCCGCCAAAGCGAGAACGCAAGACGGUAAGAUGGGAGUUGGGGGGUGGCCGCUGGGCAUGAGUUAAAAGUUUAUGUUGUACAGAGACUGCAUUUUGUUGGGUGGUUGAUGCCUCUCAUAUCGCCCUCCCUCUAAUUCUACCUAGUCUUGGGUUUGAGGCUGUUGAAAGAGAAUCCCAGGCAUUGUGGUUCUCCUGGAACCUAGGAAUUUGAUGCUGGCAUCUAAAGUGCAAAUUAUAGACUUAGCCCGUGUCUGUGUGUUUAUGUUACAAGGGAAGUGGCUCAAAGUAAAGGUGAGCACAAGUAUAUGUGCCAGGCACUGGGAUCUUGCAUAGGUUUAUUUAGAAGUAAGCUCCAUUAAGGUCAAUGAGACUUGGGCUCAAGUUGGGGCUCAGGGGCUUGUGGCCUUCAGCUUCAAGAUAAGAGAGUUGAGCAGCUUCUGCAAAAUUGAUAUGUUACCGCAGUUAAACAGAAAACACACACAGCCCGUAGUAUUACUGAGUAGGGCUGGGUGAUACCUGGUUUUCAACACUGUGAUACAUUACCAGCUAAACAUCAUGAUAUACUGACAUACCACAAUGUCUGAAAUAAGGAUGAAGCUGUGUAGAGGCAUUGGCUGGCUUCGUGGUUUUCCCCGCAUUGUGAUUUUUGCAUGGUGCAUGCACACACACAUAUCGUGAUUCCCAAUAUAUUGCCAAGUGAAGAAUUCUGAUACUGAUAUCAUGAUACGGACUUAAAACCGGUUUGGGACAAUAUAUCGAUAUAUUGCCCAGCCUGAUUACUGAGAUUAUGAGGGCCAGUUGGAUCUUCCAAAAGGAGAAUGCUGGAGUUCAGGUGCCAGAAAAGAACUGUAGCUCAGUAGAAUAGCAUGUGGUUACAGCAUCCUGGCAAAUCCAGCUGAAAAGAUUUCAGCUAGCAGGUUUUGACCUGAGAUUUGGAGAGCCACUGCCAAUCAGGAUAAAAAGGUAAAGGUAAAGGGACCCCUGACCAUUAGGUCCAGUCGUGAACGACUCUGGGGUUGUGGCGCUCAUCUCGCUUUAUUGGCCAAGGGAGCCAGCGUACAGCUUCUGGGUCAUGUGGCCACCAUGACUAAGCCGCUUCUGGCGAACCAGAGCAGUGCACAGAAACGCCGUUUACCUUCCCACUGGAGCGGUACCUAUUUAUCUACUUGCACUUUGACGUGCUUUCGAACUGCUAGGUUGGCUGGAGCAGGGACCGAGCAACAGGAGCUCACCCCGUCGUGGGGAUUUGAACCGCCGACCUUCUGAUCGGCAAGUCCUAGGCACCCACAGUGCCACCCGCGUCCCAGUCAGGAUAGGUGAUGCCUAUUUAUAUGGCUCAGUAAACUGACAGGGUCUGUGGCAGCAUUUGAUAUGAGCCUAUCAGGAAGCCAUUCCCUCUGCCAAGAAAAUCCUUCUUCUAGAAAGGUGCGGUAGUUGGCCUUGGCUGUUUAAGUGGUAAGGACAUCUACUUGGAGCCGUUUUAUGGUUUCCUCUAUUCUCUAGGUUUAGCCCUGGCACUGGCAAGAGGUUUCCUGUCUCAGCCAGGCAACAAAUUUUAUUCCUGGUUGACUUUCUCUUGGUAACUGUCUCCCUCCCUAGGUGGAGUCAUGGCUGGCAUUUUGAAAUCUAUUAUGUUUUAGAAGUCUAUCUAACCGUCCACACACACCCAUUGCUGGGUUUUUGUGCAGUUAUCUGAAGUUGCCUUUGUGCGGAGAGCUCGCUUCGCCUGUCCCCUGCCACUGAAUUACUUGCAAAACUCACGGUGCCAUAGGAAAUACACAGCUACACUCCCAGUUGGGUGCAAAAGACCUUCAGAAUCUCUGUGAAGCCCGAUGGAAAAGUGUAGCUGCUCACCUUUCCUCAAUGGAUUUUGUGUGUGUGGAUUUGGCAAGGCAGGGGAGCAGGGCCCACCUCCACAUGCUCUUGUGUAAUUUCCGGCCGAGGGGCAUGUGGCAAUCUGGGUCAGAGUUCAGCAGGGAUCAGGAGUCCGGAAUGCAGCUCGGCACAGCGUUGAGAAAUGGCAGGGGAGAGCAGGCUGGAGCUGUGCACAGGCUGAGGCUACAGCUAGGUGUGGCUGCACGCACCCUGGGCUGGUUAUCCUCCAUUACUUGUGUGGUAUGCUUCUACGCGGUCCAUUUCCACCCUGUGCCAGUUAAUGUCUCUGGAGAAGAAUCGGGUGAGAAGAGCAAAUGCAUUGAUUUCCUUUCUCCAAAGGAAGAUCCCGGCUUAAUAGUAGCUUUUGCAAGCGUCUCGCCCCUUCUCCCUGUGCUUCUGGAUAUCUUCUUUAUGCCAAGCCAAGGUGAUUGGCGACAAGGGGUGGGGCCUUCUCUGUAGUGACGCCCUCAGCACAGAACUCAGUCCCUAGACCAACCUCGCAGGUAAAUCCUUACUUUCUCUGUUUAGGAGGAUGUCAAAGGGGAUUUUCUUCUGGCAGGUGUGUUGGGACAUGGCAUGACCGUUUCUCUUUUUCCUUUUAAUCGGAAACUUUUGAGCUUACCGUAGUCCUGCCCAUCUAAUGCUAUUGCUUUAGGUAGUUUGGUGACUAUAUGAUGAUGCACUUUCAUCAUGUUUUUGAAGUUUGGUUUAUUUCAAGCUGUCUCUCUGGAGCCAUAAUAGCAGGGUGAAAAUUGCAGCAGGUAUAAAUAAAAAGAUGCAUUGCUGAUGGGGGCUGUCAGCCAUGCAGGGGCCACAUCCGUGUCACUAGUACACCCACCUGGUGCCCUCUAGAUGUUUUGUACUACAAUUCCCAUCAGCUCCAAACAGCAUGGAUGUGUAAUGCUGAGGCUGAUGGGAAUUGUAGUCUCAAAACAUCUAGAGGGCGCCAGGUAGGCGAAGGCAGCAAUAGCAUUAAUACUUGAUAUUUUAUUAUGUUUUUAUAUGUGUUGGAAGCCUCCCAGAAUGACUGGGGCAACCCAGCCAGAUGGGCGGGUUAUAAAUAUUAAUAAAAAUUAUUAUAGCAGCAUAUGGAUGGGAUUGGAGCUUGCUUAUUCUUGGAGGACAUCUUGCCUUCCUUCUCCAUCACACAUUGCAUAGAACAUAACAGGUAGACCUAGAGGCACAGACCGUGUGCAUGUAACUACAUGCGGCUCGUCCUGUUUCAGAAGAUGCAUUCCAUGUUCCUGGGGGGAGAGAAAGAUGUCCUGUCGGAGCCGCACAGAUCAUAGACCCAUUUGGGCUUUUCCUCCUGUAAAAGUUUUGCGGGAAGUGUUGUGCAAAAUGCGGGGAUCUUCUGAAAGUGUUCCACCCACCACCCCCGUAUUUUGCUAGUCAUUGUAACUGUCUUGUGAAUCCUAGUCAGGCAGGGUGUCCAGCAAGCACCUGAGCUGUUUAUAGCCACUAAGGAGGGGUUGUUAGAGCAGAGAGUUAUGCUAGACACUUAAAAUAGUAGCAUUUGCGUGCAAUGAGUUACGCCCGUGUAGGCGACUGGUUGUCGCGGCCUGUGUGCCUUGUGUUGACUGAGUCGGCUUUUCUUCCAUCGGCUGAUGAUGGUUGUGUUUAUGGGGAUGUGAAUGCGAACUUCACUUCUGAGGCUGCAUGAUGUAGGCAUGAAGCCCCUUUUUACGGGCUUUGGCAGCCGUUUUGCAUUCAUCAGUGAAGGUGGCAAAAGGGUGGGUCCCUCUCUCCCCAUGUCAUCCCUGCCUUCCAGUGUAUACAUAUGUGUAGAGUCAAAGACCAUCUUAGUUGGCUGCUGAGAAGCAUUUACAAGCAGUGUUUUGUAUAAAUCUCCUCUAGAACAUGGAUGUGGGAGCCUGAGACCUUCAAGAAGCAGCUGGACCACAAUUUGUACCAUUCCUGAUGUUUGGGAGGGUCAUUGCUCAGUUGAGAGGGUCAUAAAGUAACUGAGACCAUACCCUCCAACAUUUCUCUGAUGAGAAUCGGGACAUCCUAAGGAAAAGCAGGACAUUCUGGGAUCAAAUCAGAAACUGGGGCGGCUUCUGUAAAUCUGGAAAUGUCCCUGGAAAAUAGGGACACUAGGAGGGUCUGUGAGACCUGCCAGUCAGAUAAUGGUGGUGCAAGAGCAGAGCCAGUAACAAAAUGGAGGCAGAGGUUGGCAUAGCCAGCUGGCAAUUGGAAACGUAAUUUUCUACUGAUCUUCUCCUCUGAUAGAUCCUGCCAUUCCCACCCCAACAGUUGUGGGGCAGCAUACAAAUGCCACUUAACAAAUAACAAGCAAAAUAACAAAUAACAAGCAAUUUUUUUUAUUUUUGAGUAAGCAGAUUUGACUGGUGUGAGCUUGGUGUAGCAUCCAUGUGCCUGGCAUAGGUCACUGUGACUCUGUUGCAAUGUUUCUCAAACUUUGAUCCCCAGCUGUUGUUGGACUACAGCUCCCACAAUCCCUAAGCACUGGUCCUGCUAACUAGGAAUUAUGGAAGUUGUAGAAACACUGCUCGCAUUCAAGCCGUCCAACUUUGUGGCCACUGCUGCCUCCUGCAGCAGUGAAUUCCGAAGGUUAACUAUGCAUUGCAGGGAAAAGUACUUUGUUUCAUCUUGUCACAAAUCUUCCAAUGUUCAGAUUCAUUGGAUGCCCCCAAGUUCUAGUAUUUUAUGCCCUUACCUUACUCAGCUUUUCCCUAAACCAAAAACAAACAAACAGAAACAACAACAAAAAGAAACCACAAACCAAAACCCAAAUGUUGUAAGCUUUCCUCGUAGGGGUGUAUGUUUGGUUGCCCUUUCCCAAACCUUUCCCAGCUCACCUUUUUGAAGCAAGGUGACGAGAACUGUACACAGUAUUCAAAGUGUGGCUGUGCUGUAGGUUAGUAGAACGACAUUAUAAUAUCAGCAGAUUUAUUUUCCUUUACGAUCCCUGUCAUUGCAUUUUUCACAAGUUGCCACACACUGGGUCAACUAACCACCACAAACCAAGUGUCUCUUUGUUGGUCAGUUGCUGCCAGUUCAGACGCUGCAUAUAUAUGUGAAAUUUAGAUAUUUUGCCCCAAAAUACCUCCUGUCGCCUCCCACCUCACCUCAGCUGACCCCUUAUAAAUGCUGGGUGCCUUACUGUUAGGGUCUCUUUAUGGACCGAGUCUGGGUUGCAGCCAUCUGUUGAAGGAGCAGGAGAAAAACCGGCCCAUUUAAUCUUUCGUCAGCUCCUCUGCGAGCAUUGAAAGGGUGUCUGAAGUGCCUCAUUCAUGUUGAGUCAUCUGGAGUGCCAUGCCCUGGUGUGAAUUUGGCACAUUGAUGCUGCAGCCAAGAGUGUGUGCUCAUUCAGAAUCCAACUUGAUUGUGUGUGUUUUUUUAAUUACUGUUUUAUGUGUUAACUUCCUGGAGCUCUCUGUUGUUGCAAGUUGGGAAAAUAUCGCCAUGGCACAGACUGCAGGGGAAACGGGAUCCUGUGUUGUCCAGGGCAAAUGGACAGUCUGUCCUUAGUAGUCCAGAGUCCCUCCCCUGUACUUCCGGAUGUUCCGUUCUACCAGAGGGAGAUAAUUCACUGCACGUAACCGCUUGCUUUGUGGGGAACUGUGCAUUACUCUUGUGGCAAGGUGCCAUUAUCAUUUGCAAGGCAUCAUCAAUGCUGCUGCCGAACUCUACACAGUGAAUUAAACAAGCUGGUCCCUGCCCUAAGAAGACCGCAAUUUAAUUUCCAGGAGUGGAGCAGAAACAAGCAGGAAAGGUGAAGGCAGCGUUAGAAACUCGAAUGCAUAAGCUAAUUGCCGAAUGGCACUGUAAACCUGGGUUAUGGAAUGUCUAGGAGCUAUUUUCCCCCGACGGAAUUUUUUAUUAUUCAUUUCAUUUGUAUAAUGCUUUAUAUUUUAAAGGGGAAUAAAUCUCAAAGUGGUUUCAGCUCACUAAAGCAUCAAAUAAAACCAGAAUAAAACAAAUUGGAAGUUUUAGGGAUAAUAUUUCAGAUCCUUUUCUAAGGGACAUUUUGCUUUCCCCAUAUUUAUUCACCUACUUAAUUGGAUAUCACUGGCAGAUGAUGAUAUCUGCUGUGGCAGAAAAACUAUAGGAAGCCAGUGUGAUGUCUUCCUAGGACCUGUGAGAAAUCAAAUCCCCACUCAGGAAGCUCACUAGUUGACUUAGGGCCAGUCACAGCCUUCUAACCUGCCUCACAGGGUUGUUGUAGGGAUUAACUGAGGAAGGAGGAGAACCAUGUGGGAUAUAAAGGCAAUGAAUAAGCCCUUCUGCUUGCUUGCUUAAGAAAGCUGGAGGGGCCAGCCAGAUGGAUGAUGUCACAGUCACCAAUCUGGCAUCCAGAGAUCUCCAUGUGGUUGCGACUGGACCGGUGCCAGUUGCAAAAUGCGCCUGGCUAAUGUCUAACACUGGGUUAAGGUUAACAGGAAUAAAUGCCAGCUGCUGUAGGUACGUCAAGGCAGGCUUCGUUUUGGUUGGAGACCUCACAGGAGGGGAAGGUUUUGGAAAUUGGGGGGGGGGGGGAGAGAGACGGUACUACAACUGUGUGCAGCAAUGUCCCCAUUUUGGCCUAAAGUUGCAUCCUUUUGUACAUGUAGUUAGAAAUAACAGUUGGUGCACUCUGGCUCCCUCACAGAAAAGUUCUUUUUAUUUUUCUGCAUGGGAGCUGUUUAUUUCCCACCCCUCUUCCCUGAGCCUUAACAGACCUUUGGUUCAUAAGAAGUCUAAGUGACCGUCUUCCUACUGCACUGAACCAUUAGUAAACCAAACUCUGUGGUUUCCAUUGUCGUCAUUGUCAUCUGUCUGUUUUGAAAGACAAUGAAGUAUGCCUUCGGGAGUGAAGUCAAGCCAUUGCAUUAGCCUCUCUAAAGUGACCUCACUGGGCUUCAGACUGUGGGCAGUGUGUAUGGAGGUCCUGGGCUGCCCAGGCAACAAGACCCUCCCCUCUUUGGCCUCGCUGAUGUGGUCCAAAGGAAGGCAGAGCAAUAUGUUUGGCACCAGCUUGGUUGCAGGAAGGAGGCAUACAGUGCACUACUCAACUGCCUUAGGGACUCCACUCUGGAUUUGUGUAAGGUUUAUACCGUAACUUUUUCUUCUCCUGAAGAUACCCUGCAAGGCAGCAGAGGUUUAAGACCAGUUUUCCUUCUCCUAGAGGGGUUACCUUCUCAGGUGGAUGAGUUCUUGUCUUCUUUAUCUGGUAGUGGCUGCUCAGCCUUGCUUUCUGAGGUGCAAAGGGCAGACCUUGAGAGGCUUGUGCAUGUAGAACAGAGGUGGUUAAGCCCUGGGCCUCCAGGUGUUGGAAUCUCAACUCCCAUUAGCCCCCAUCACCAUGGCCAGUAGUCAGGGAUGUUGGGAGCUGGAGUCAAACAACACCUGGAGGACUGAAGCCCCCCCCCCCCCGGAUUUGAAGCAUUUUCUCUAGCUGUGGACUGUGGCACAUUUUGAACAGCUUCAACACAGACGGAGCCUAUGAGCUUGUGGUGCUGCUGCGAAUAUACUCAUAGCCACAAAAGGGAAGUAUAUGGAUUACGUAGCUGCUGCAUCUAAGGGGAGAGCUAGCCAAUGAGUGUGCACCUUUCUCAGAGCAUUGUGACAUGACUCAGGUCACGUCAGAAUGCAUGGACUGUCCUAUUGGGAAAGGGGUGUGGAGGGUGGGGGGCGCUGUCCCAUUGGGAAGAGGGCAGAGGGGGAGGGGCCCAUGUCUUGUUCGCCCCCAGUGCUUCGUUUUGCUGCUCUGGGCUGCCUCUGCCUUGGCUGCAAGCUCAGGCCACUCUGGAAGAAGGGCUGGUGCCCAAGCCUUGCCCUUGCUCUCUCAGCUGCUGUGUCCAGAGCUGCCAAACAGAGCUUGCUUAUGACCUCAUCGGCUGCUGCUAAGGACCUGUCUUCCCUUUGCUCCCUCCAGCAGCCACCCACCCUGGGCGCUCAGGGCCAGGAGGAGGAGCCGGCUUCCUCCUGGCCUCAGCCCUGUGGUCGGGAGGUCGGAAGGGAUAUGCGCCAAUCUUUGAACGGCAUGGCAGCUGGCUUUAGCGAAGUUGCCCCCCUGACAUGGGUGGUCUGAGGUCCUUGCCACGCACGAGUUUUUGCAGGGUGACUUUAGGCCUCCGCGUAGACCUCUGGAAGCUGGACUGACCCUUUUCUGGCUCUUUGCCUUUGAGGUUCCCUGCACCUGUGAGGUUUUGGAUGGGCCAGGGAUCUAUAAGGUGUGAAGCUGGCUACAAUCUCUGAGAUUAGACAAAUAUGUGGAGAUUUACAUCCGAGUGUCAUUUAACAAUGCUUAAUGGAUGUUCAGGGGCAACGUAUCUCUUGAGUACCAGGCCCUGGGGUCAAAGAAACUAAGAAAUUAAAGCUAGGAGCUAAAUGGCACCUCAAACCUAAGUUAUGGGCACAACAACGGAAUGUCUAGACGCACUUUUUUAUAACAAGAAUACAAGGCUGAAAAUGAAUGAACUGCAGCUAAAAUAUUAUGUUCAUUUUUCACAUGGUCUAGUCCUUCCUCUGCCCACCCACCCCUAAUAUUCUAAAGAGGGUCUCCUCUCCAGUCUUCAGAGAGUAGCUGGAAGUGGGGAGGCAGAAAAAGGUCCUCCGUCCCUUCCACUCUGCAGUUUUAAUCUGAAAUCUUAGGCCCAGAGUUUAGAAACUGCUUGCGCUAAUGAAAUUCCUUGCCGCAAAAUCUCCUAGAGUAAUGGGACUUUCGAACACUGACAACAGGAGAUAGUCAUCAGCUGCUUAGGAGCUUCCGCUGGCUAGUCUUGGAAGCAGAAUUCGAUGGAGCUCUGUCUGAUCUUGCAAGGCAGGAGGCUGCUGCCUUCAUGUCCUGCAUGUGAGCUGGCUGACCCUGUUGGAAAUAGGAAAUUGAACGAGGUAGACAAGGUUUUUUUGAUCCAGCACAGGACAGUUCUUUUACAUUGUUAACCUAGUUGUGUGCAUUCCUUGGGUGUGCUGGGCCAGACCAUGCACUCGACUCCAAAAUGAAUUGUAGGUGUUCUUCUGGGGUUAUCUUGAGGGUGGGGAACUAGGCAUGGUUCAGCAGUCACUAGAGCUUAAGGAAAGUGACAGUGGAAUGCCCUCUCUCCAGCAGCAGAACAUAUACAAUCUUUAUACUUACAGUGCUAACAGCAAGUGCCUCUUUUCUUCCUGUCUGGCAGAUCCGAAUACGAGAUCCAAAUCAAGGCGGCAAGGAUAUCACAGAGGAAAUAAUGUCUGGCGCUAGAACUUCCUCUACCCCCACUCCUCCACAGGUAAUGUUGAUCUGCUUCUUUAGCUUUAUUCCUCUUCAUCUGCCCUUGUACCCUGGGAAGGCAUGUAAGAAGCAACAAAUCUGGGGCCAGUUCACGCAGCCAAUUUCCUCUGCAGGUGAGCAGUUCUGGCCCCCUCCUCAGAGUGAGGUUUGUACAGGAAGAGGAUGUGAACACGUCCGCACACAGCCUUUGCGAUUCCUGUGAUUGUGGUGGCUGGCGGUGGGGGGAAUUGCUGCAGGCACAGAAAGCAGCUACCGGCCAUUCCCAGUACAUGCUGGUUCAUGCCAGUAUUUCCACACACAAACGAAAUUUAUAUGCCGUUUGUUUGUAAGGAGAACUCCAAGCAUACUACCAAACGAUCUAAAGCUAAUUUCGAAUCUCAUACAUAACCAGUCUCUCUCAUGAAUGCAACCACAGUGCCUUGGAAAUCUUUUCUGGAGGAGGGAUGGGAAUCAUUUUGUCUCCUGGAAUUGCAGAAAUGAAUUCCACAAGCUAUAUUUGUAGAGGUGUUGGGUCUUGCAUUAGAGGUUCUCUCUGCGUUGACUGGGUUGCAUUGCGUGAAGAAAACGUGACAUAUCUGAACUCAGUUUUUUAAGACUCCUUUCCUUAGAGGAAACCAAGGUCAUGACACAGUGAUAAUGGCGCAAGCCAUUUAUUUAUUUCCAUCUCUUUAUAUAUGUCGGUCUUUCAUCUAUUUGAUGAAAUGUUGAAAUCUAUGUAUCAGUUCUGAGCUGAUAUUUGAGAAAGAUAUAAUUGGGAAGGGGAAGGGGAAACUUUAAUAAUUCAACCCCUCGGUUUUGCGGGAAAGGCUUUGCAGCUAACACUUUACACUGGAACCGAAACUUAAGCUAAAAUAUAGUCAGUUGAAGCAAACUUGGGCAGGUAAUCCUAUAAUAAAAUUGUUCUACUUUUUGUUGUCCCUCCCCUCUCUUACAGGCUGGAAGUGGUCCAGAACCACAAGCCAACGGAGAGACAUCACAUGUAGCAGUUAUUGUCCGGCCAGGUAUGAAAUCCAAUUCAGGGUUUGGUUUGGCUAAAUCAGACAAAGGGAAUGCUGAGGUUUCUCUUUCUGUGUGUGUCUCUCUGUCCCACUAAUGUGAGGUGGACAGAAUGAGUGGUCAUGGGGUUGGGUUCAGUUUGCUUUCAGCCCAGAUAAGACAACCUGAGGUCCAGCCUCAUUUAACGUGGCUCCCAGGACCACCUGAAGCUGCCUUGCUCCAUCAGAAUGCCUUCCUGUUUUGUUUCCUUCUGAUUUUCCGCCUUUUAAAUAUGCUUUACUUUGUCUGUGUGUGACUUUAUAAUAAGGCGAAGGGGAACUAUUUCAUCUAUUAGUUUUGCUUGUUGAUUUUUUACUCUUUUCCUGAUUUGGAUGGCUUGGAGGGUAGGUAAAGUUUGUCUGAGAGCAAAAUUGGUCACCUGCCAUUUAUGCCUUGCCUUAUCUAUAGCACACUAAAGUCAGAAAGCAGUUAUUUUCACUUGCUUUUCCAGAACAGUAGCUGUAUUGGUCUUAAAAAAAAUAAUCUUCCUGCAUAAUUGUUUUGAGAGUAACCCCAUCAAACCCAGCAGGGUUUAUGUCUGAUCUGACCUGGAUAGGAUUAGGUAUUCUCAUCUGAGGUGGCUGUAAUGAAAUUUUGAAGCGGGGCAGAUUUGUCAGCCGCAUUGAGCUACGUUUAUUAUGCAGCGUAGCCUGAUGCAUGAAAAGUGCUUCCUUAGCAUAUUUCCUACAGGUGGCUAAAUUCAGCUUUUUCUUUGGGUAUAUAAUUUUGAUGCCAUGCUGGACUGAUGCCAAAUGGCAUUCAGUUUUCAGACCGGCAUCUGAGAAAAGCGGAGCUUAAAAUGUACAUCUUUGAAUCUUGGCAGACGGCCUCAGAAACGAUAACUGUGCAGUUGGCCCGACAGCUGGUUCUUUGAGAACCUUCCUGGCUCUGCCAAUUUUGUUCUGCUUCUGUGAUGGAAUUAUUUAAGGUUUUGAAAAAUCUAAGCAUCAUCCGUUCGUUUGGCCGGCCAGAGGGGCCUGCCUUAAACCGAGCAAAUGCUCUCGCGUGGUCCCAUUUGCACCAUUAGCAAAUUAAAUCUUUUAACUCUGUGUGCAAGAGUCUGUGUUUUGCUGUUGCCCUCCUGGUCUUCUUGGGCAGCAGUUCCUAAUAAUCUCUGAACGUGGGCCGUGCUGGCUAGGACUGAUGACAGCUUGAGUCCCCACAGCAACGCAAGGGUUACUUCUUCCCUGUUGUUUGCACACCCCUUUCUGUAAUUACAGAAGUCGAAAGUGGAUUCACAGCAGACGUAGAUAUCUCCAUAGGUACUGAGUUCAUUGCAAAAAUGAAUAAAUCAGUCACUGAGCAAGUUCAGUAUUGAAGCCAGUACUGUACAGCCAUACCUCGGCUCCUGGACACCUUGGGAGUCAAACUUUCUGGCUCCUGAAUGUUCUUUUGGAAGCUGAAUGUCUGAUGGGGUUUCCAUGGCUUCCGAUUGGCUGUAGGAGCUUCCUGCAGCCAAUCAGAAGCCGUGCUUUGGAAGUCGACUGUUUUGGAAGUCAAAUGGACUUCUGGAACGGAUUCUGUUAGACUUCUGAGGUACAACUGUACACUGUUCCUCAGAGUCCUUUACACUUUUGAGCCUGUCACUGAAUUAGUUCAUUCAGAAUUUUGCCUUACUUAGCAGAAAACCCUUCUGGUUUGGAAUUGUGCAGGCUGUUGCUUCGGAUGAAGAUACCCAUAAUUAGAGCUACAAAUUAAAAUUAAUAACAACAGCAACAAUAACAAUAAUAUUCAGGGACUUAAGCUCACUGUCCACCUUUUAGCAGCACUGAAAGCUUUAAUUGUCCUUCAUCAGUAGGCCGAGUAAUUAAUCAUUGUGGGUUGAUUGAUCUUUGAGGCUGGAAUUUCACGAUACAGUUCUUUGUGUGUUGGGGUGAAGCAGCAGCCAAUGUGGUGGCCAACAGAUGUUGUUGGACUACAAUUCCCAUCCCACCCAGCCAGGCAUGGUCAGUGUUCAGGAAUGAUGGGAUUCGCAGUCCAGCAGUUACACAUUGACUAACCUGGGAUAGAGGGUUAUCGUACAUCAGCACUGGGGAAGUUGUGGCCUUUCAUGUGUUGCUAGACUCCCAGCCACCGCCAUCCCUGGCCAUGCUGACUGGGGCUGAGGAGCGUUGUAGUCCAAAAAUAGCUAUAGGGUUGGAGAGUUCCCAUCCCUCACUUAGCACCUUCCAUCAAGAUCUCAAAAAAUAGCUCACAGUUUUGCCAGGUAAUGUAUCUUCUGUUCUGGGCACUAGGAGGCAGGAUCUUUCAACAGAAGGGUAGAUGGGUUUGAGUAUGAGCUUCGAUUCUUAAACCAGGUACACCUUGCUGUUUUAGGAGGCCAGAGGUUGAUUUUGCGUUUCUUUCUUUCUUGAUUUCCAUAUUUCAAACCAGGUCAUCAGUAGAACUCCACCCUCCUGCCCCAAAAUCCCUUUCUAAAUAUGCAGCUGUUGUGCAAUCCAAUUACCUUGCCAUUUUCAGUGUGCUUCCUUCCAGUUGUAAAUUGUGACUAAGCUAGGGGUUUUUUUUGUAGCUUCACAUAAGACCUUUAUUAAUUAUGCACAUUUAUUACCUAUAAAACGUCCCAGGGCAGGUUGCAUAACAAAUGCAGUAUAUAGAUCAGUGAUUCUCAAACUUGGGUCCCCAGCUGUUGUUGGACUACAGUGGUACCUCGGGUUAAGAACUUAAUUUGUUCUGGAGGUCCAUUCUUAACCUGAAACUGUUCUUAACCUGAGGUAACACUUUAGCUAAUGGGGCCUCCCGUUGCUGCCAUGCUGCCACCGCACGAUUUCUGUUCUCCUUCUGAAGCAAAGUUCUUAACCCAAGGUACUAUUUCUGGGUUAGCGGAGCCCGAAGCGUCUGUAACCCGAGGUACCACUAUAUAGUAUUUGUAGUUGUGUUUGCAGAGCAUAAGAUCUCAGAUGAACCCACCACAGGAAAGAUGCAUCCUGGUUGCUCAGGGGGGAAAGUAGGGGGAAACUACAGGGGGUUUUAGGACUAGAAAAUAAAUGAAAAUCAGGAUAAGUGCACUAAAGCGAAGGGGAAAACAACCACUCUUUAGGGCAUAUGGGAUUCUUGUCACCUGGUGUCCAUAUAACUCACUUAAUGAUAACAGCUGUGAUUUUACUCAUUGGCUAAAAACAUUGACAGGUGGAAACAGCCAGGUUGGCUCAUUUCACACAGAUCACCUAGAAAGGUACCUAGAGUAGACUUCAUCGCUUUCUUACUUUCUAGGAGGGCUAGAGAAGUACUUUUUUGAAAAAUGAAGGCUUAGCAUCCGGGGGCCCUGCCUGAGUGGACCAGUGAAGGCCUUCAUGGGUGCCAAGUUUGAGACCCCCGGCCUGAAUAGAUUCGUAUAUAGGGCCCUGGUUCAACCACAGUCCUAUGGUGUGUGGAACGCUUAAAAAAAAAAAAUCUUCCUUUCUUCAGAAUUGGUUAUUUGCCUCUUUGUUUAAAGAGCAACUUUACAGGUCCAGAAAAGUUGCUGUGAGCAGAUAAAAGUUCCCCCUGGGAAGUUUUUCUCCUUAUGUGUAACCAGCCACGUGGUUAUUUACAGGCCCGUCUUGUGGUUUCUGUUGCCCUCCCAUCUUCUGCAGCCAGGUGUUAGAAACAUUCCUUUCCCCAUUCACCUAAGCGCUAAAUGCUGCCUUCUCUUCCUCUUGUUUCUUCAUGCAGACGAUCGUCCCAAGGCUGGCCCAGUAGUAACUAAACCUGUUUCCUCGGAGGCGAGCAAAUCGGCUUCCCCGUCUCCCCCUCCGCCGCUCAUAGCAGAGGCCGAGUCCGUGCUGCCAGUCGUGCCACUGGUGCGCCCAGGGAGCCCCAUUGCAGUGGACACUACAGAGGAGCCGCCUGAGGUCCCCGCCGAUAUAUUUGAACCCGUUAGCGCCACCACUACAGUGCCAGGGGGCCCCGUGCUCCCCCAGGAAGCCCCCGUCUUGGACACAGAGUCACAGAAGGAGGCUGCUGCUAGCCCAAUUUUGGAGCCUCCCCCUCAGCCGGUUCCUGCAGAAAUGCCGGUGGCCGAAGAGACGGUGCCGGCGGAGACAGUGACUGUCCAGCAGGAGACCCCUCAGCCAGAGGAACCGCUUCCUGCGGCUCCGCCAGGGGCUCCCCCGACCCCACCACCUUCCCUAGAGGAGGUAUCUGAGGGGCCUGUGGAGUCUAACGGGGUGCUGGAGGAGGAGACGCCGGAGCCCGUGCCCGAGGCUGCCGCGUGCCAGCCAGAUUCCGCCGUGGAGUCCCCCAUCGCUCAGCCGGAGGAGCUGGCAGCGAUGUCCCAUGGUCUGGAUACCCCAGGGAAGCUGGCAGCCGAAGAAUCCGAGGAUCAGCCCGAGUCGGACAUGAGCCCCAUCUCCGAGCCCGAGGAGGUGAAAGCCGAGGAGCCCCUGGCCCCACUGGCCACACCUCCUGCCGAAGAGGAGGAGGAGGAGGAGCCGGAGGAGGAGGAGGAGGAAGAAGAAGAGGAGGAAUGUGAGGAGCCGGCCGAGACCGCAGAGCAGAGCGCCCAGCCAGCAGCUGCACCCUUGGAGGCCGCAGAGGUGGCCACACAAGGUGAGUGCGGCAUUUCAGAGGGAGCCCAGUGGGAAAAUGCAAGCAAAUCUCCAUCUGUGAGAUGGGGAGGUCAGUGGUGUGCAGCAAGCCUUGAUUGCUUGUUUGUAGCUCUUCAGUGCAGCUUUCUUCCUUUAGGAAUCAGCUUUGGUUUUUCCCAGAGAGAGAGGGCCAUGUUUAGUAGCCAGCUCUCUGUAGCUCUUUCUCUCCAGAAAUUCCUUUUGAGUCAGUCAGUCUGUGGCCCUAGGUAGUAAAAAAAAAUGUCUGGUUGGAGGAUUGUGGAUUUUUGUCUGCAUUUAGAUGACAGUGAAAUGGUAAGAGAAAACCCUAGGCUCCCAAUAACUAGGUGUGAGCUUGCUCUGUGUUCCCUGUUGAACUGUGUGUCCUUUGGGAAAAGACCCACGUUCCUUUCAGGAGCCUUCAACAGGCACCAGCAGUCAGUUCCAGAAUGCCAUUCUCUGGUUAGGUUCAUUGCAUUGGUGGGAAAACAGCAAAUGCUUCUGGGUUGUAGUUUCAGUACAUUUAAAGGAGCUGGAGUCUCCUGAAGCAUUUUCUCCUCUGCUUCUUUGGAGCCUUCUGCCUUUGAUGAUGCCUUGGUUUGUCCCAGCCGUAUUAUUCUAGGAUUAUUUCCUACCAACAGCAUAGUAUGUCUGCAUGUGGCAAAGAAGCCAGGACAUUUACCUGGCAGGUAACAGCAAACGUAUUUUGUCACAAGCGUUAACAUCCCGCAGCAAAUCACUUAAUUUGAUUCGUAAGAUUAAUUGGAACUUGUUCUGUGUUAACCUCCUCCCGCCGCCACCUUGGAGCAGGGGUGACUGUCACUUUGUGGCAGGGGCUGCUCUCUUCUGAGUCCCUGGCUAGUGUGGCUCAUCCUCCCCAACCCUCUUUGCAACUCUCUAGUGGCCGUAUCGGUGCCAAAGAAGAAGCGGAAGAUGAAGGACCUAAACAAGAAGGAAGCUGUUGGAGACCUGCUGGAUGCAUUCAAGGUGGGUGGCCCCCACGGUCUAGUCAGGAGCUGAGAAACAUAGCCUGAGCCAUUACCCAGAGUCACCUAGCUGGGUACCACUUCUUCCCAUCACUGACUAUAUCCCGCAGGUUAAAAUAGUUUGACGAUUCUUCCCCUUGCAAUCCCAUGGAAUCCUGGGGAACUGUUAACUCUGCAAGUAGCAGCAUCAAUCUUGCACAGAUAAUACUUAAAUAAGUGUUUUGUGAACUAUGGCUUGGGGCAGGUGGCAUUGUGGAAUCACAGAAUUGUAGUGUUGGAAGGGACCCCUGAGGAUUGUUAGUCCAGUCCCCUGCAAUGCAGGAAUCUUGCCCACAGCUCAAACCUGCUUAGCACUCUGUCCCACUGUACCAAGUAAUAAGGAGUGAAGGGUGGAUUCUGCAACGUGACCAUGAAUAGCGCAGAUUGGCAUAGCCUUAAGAUUUCAGCACCUUGAAAACCGCUUGUUCAAAAGGCUGCUAAGGAGGGCUUGAGACCCUGCUGGUCAGUACCCAGUGGGAUCUCCAAAUCCUAGCAGUGGGUGCAGAGCAGAGUGAUCAGGGAGAAGAGGUUUAAGUUGAACUGAUUUAUUCCCCCCUACCCCUUCCCCCAAAAAAGAAGAGAAAAGAAAGCACAGCAGUAUUAAACCCAUUGUGCAAAUCCCAAAAAAGUCAAUACAAAAUGACACCAUUUGAAAACAACUAAAAAGUGGUUUCUCCCAAAGGAAAUCCAUCAACAUUCCACAUGGAAUAGGCUGUGCUCACCUUUGUUGAUCACUUCGACAUGCAUGUUGGCUGUAAACUAAUACAGUAAUUUGAAAAAAUCUAUACAAGACUGGAAAUGUGUUUCCACUUCCCCCAUUGUUAUUUAUAUAUCCCUUUUGGGUUGUUACUUAAAUCUCUCUUUGUUCUCCUUUUCUUGCUUAAUCACCGUAAUUGUAAUUUUGUCACAACAACUACCUCCUUAGCUGUGAUAAACUAUUAUGGCACCACAAAUAAGCCAUUGACAGUAAAAUGAUUCCUUCACUGGGGCUCAAAAGAGUUUGCUCAGAUUGAAAUAGAACAGAACAAUAAUUGAUUGUCGACUAGCCUGUCCAGCAUGAAAAUGCAGUAUAACACCUCAGCUACCUUUUACAGACUAGACAGGUGGUAGUUAACUGUGCCCUCCCCAAAGCAAUUUUUUCUGGUUUUCCCCUUCCCCAAAGAACCUCCCAGGUGGUAUCCUUUGUAAAUGUUUUCUGCUGCAGCUUUUGCGUUUUUCUUGAGAUCUUCUCUGCUUGCCCUCUUAGCCCAGUGAGGGUGGCUCAGAGAUAGAGAACAAGCCCCCUGUGCCAGCCCCAGAGCCCGAGGAGCCUGCCCCCGUUCGCUCCCAGGAGGAGCCCGAGGAGACUUGGGAAGAGAAAGAGGAUAAGCUAGACCCUGAGAAGGUCAAGCAGGCUGACCAGAAGUACAGCUACACAGCAGGUGAGGCUCGUGCCAAAUGACUUUUUCUGUUCUCCCACCCCCACCCCUGGCUGCUACCUAUUGGAGCCUUCUGUGAUGAUCUCGUUUUUGAGCCAUCGUGUCUGGGCCACUGACACACUGUGAUGGAGCUGAGCAUCUGAGCAGGCUUGUGACCCCGUGAACUGCUGGCUUGUCUUGGGCUGUUGGGGAAAGGCUUUGCAGGAAUUCCCCUCCACCGGGUGUCCAGUCACUUCAGUAUUAAGCAAUAGUUGCUCUCAGCAAGGGCCGGAUCACUCGUUCCCCUUUCGUUCUAAGUCACUGUGUUUACAGAAGCCUCUCUUUGACUGUAAUGGUUCCAGCAGCAGGCACAGGCAUUUGUGGCUAUGCAGCCCCCUGCUAACUCACAGCAAGCCACUCUCCUGCAGAGCCGCCCCCAGCUUUUCCUUGCUGAAGAGAUCAUGCAAAUAACUGGGUGGUUUGUUCCUUUCGCUUUGUACUAGAAUGGGACGAACGGAGAUGCAGAUCACCAGCACACAGAAAUAGCUGCAGCUCUUACACUGACUUGCUUGUUUUCUCUGGCAAGGAAGAACUGGGUCUGCUUGGAAACUGAAGUGCAGUGCCUUUGAACUAGAUCUUUGCUAAUUAUGUAGGGUGAGGUGUGAGCCAGAAGACCUUGGAAGACAUGUGCUGACUCUUGGAACCAGAAGCAAGCAUGGGCACAGAGAGCACCCCUUCUCCCCCCUCCACCUUUUCCAUGCAAAUGUCACAGUAUCUUUUAAGAGCUUAAUCUUAAAACAACAGCAGUUCUGCAAAGUUACUGAAUGGGAGGAAAAUGUCAUUGCUCCAUUAACAACAGUAACAUCUCAUAAUGUAAAAGAGCAACUGUGACACUGCAACAAAGGAGAUGCAAGGCAGUCCCAAGUUAGAGAUUUGGCAGUCAGCAUUUAGAUAACCGGGGGGGGGGCAGUGUUAGAAGAUUGGGAACUCUGGGUAAGGAGACAGUGAAAGAUGCAAGAAAAUUUGAGUAGGAUCAUUUGCCAGGCACCAUGGUGGGAGGCACAAUUUUGCAUGCCAUAGCAAGUGUCUGGGCUUCUGAAGCCCUCCAGAGUGCAGCUCAGUUCUGGGGUAUGACACCCCCCCCCCAGUUGAAGAGGAGGGCUGAGAAUUACUCCUUCCGAGCUCCAACCUUACAGCAGGGGAAGUGGAGCAAGGAAUUGUCCCUAGCCUCACUGUAAAGUGCAUUGUGACGUAGGAGCAAGACCCAAGUCCUUGUGGAAGGGGUGAUCUUGGCAACAACGCAUUUUUGGUUGGCCAAGAUUUAUGAGCCCCACUCGAUUCUUGCGGAUGCAGCAUCACCCUUUGAAAAUGCAGGUGCUUCUUGCCCUACUGUUGCUGGGAACUCACCUGUUGUGAGUGUGAUUUCAAUUUGGUGCUUCCCUUAACAGAGCAGUGGAAGCCAUUGAACCCAGAAGAGAAGAAGAGAUACGACCGGGAGUUCCUGUUGGGUUUCCAGUUCAUCUUUGCCAGCAUGCAGAAGCCCGAGGGUUUGCCCCAUAUCAGCGAUGUGGUCUUGGAAAAGGUCAGUCCUCCAUUUCCAGCUGGGGUCACCAGAUGUCCCGCAGAUGCUUCCUUUUGCUUUUCUUUGCAUGGUGUGCCCAGAGAAGAAGAAGAGGAGUUUGGAUUUGAUAUCCCGCCUUUCACUCCCUUUAAGGAGUCUCAAAGCGACUAACAUUCUCCUUUCCCUUCCUCCCCCACAACAAACACUCUGUGAGGUGAGUGGGGCUGAGAGACUUCGAAGAAGUGUGACUGGCCCAAGGUCACCCAGCAGCUGCAUGUGGAGGAGCGGGGAAGCAAAUCCGGUUCCCCAGAUUACGAGACUACCGCUCUUAACCACUACACCACACUGGCCCUCUCUGGACAACUGCACAACAUGACCAGUCCAACGAAGUUGAUGUCAAAGUUGAUGCGGGUGGUGCUGUGGUCUAAACCACUGAGCCUCUUGGGCUUGCCAAUCAGAAGGUUGGCAGUUCGAAUCUGUACCAUGGGGUGAGCUCCUGUUGCUCUGUCUCAGCUCCUGCCAACCUAUACACCUUUAGGCACCAGGCAAAAGUGUUCCUUUUUAAUCAGGCCUUUGCUUAACCGAUCAACAUCUUACACCCUUUAAAAGGUGGCUCUUUGGGGGGGGCGUAUUGGAUUAUUUUUAUUUUAUAUUUUAUAUAUUGUGAUUUUUAUAUUAUAUAACUCUGGGUAUAGGGCAGUAUAGAAAUUCAAUAAAUGAAUGAAUGAAUGAAUGAAUCUCAUUGGCAUCAGCUCAUGUUAGGCCAAGACCUGUGGUGAUUUCUGAAAAGUAGAGUUUUAGGCAUGUUCGGAGGCAAAAUUUUGAAGAUUUUAAGCUGCACAACCUUAAGACUUUCAGAACCUGUCUUACCUUUUGUGUGUUUUUCUCCCUGCCCCUUGACUUAACAGGCAAAUAAGAUGCCCUUGCGACCUCUGGACCCCGUGCGCCUGAGCACCAUGAAUUGUGGACCAGAUUUCACACCCUCCUUUGCCAACCUGGGCCGCCCAACGCCACCUAACCGUGGACCGGUAUGUACCAUCACACGGUGUCUUGUCUUCUGGCAUGUAUCCCCUGCCAGCUUUGUCUGCAUGAUGAACUCCAAGUUAGUGCCAUCGUGUCUGGGCCACUGAUGCUCUGUGAUGGAACUGAGUAUCUGAGCAGGCAGGCACAUCUUCUGGCUCCCCCAUCUGUUGGAGCCCAGCAUACUGGGAGGCAGGCUAGCAUCAUGCUGGCAGUGCAACCUCUACACCAGUGCUUCUUUGUGCUGGGGGGGGGGCAGGUUGGGUGGCAUCUGAAAAGUGCUGGCAUCACUUCUCCCCCUUUGCUUCCACAGCCUGCAGGGCCAGGGCAGCGCCGAUCCCAGCAAAGCUUGAGGAAGGAGCCUCGGAAGAUUAUCGCUGUAGCGUCCCUGAACGAAGAUGUCAAGCUCAACAAGGCUGAGAAGGCCUGGAAGCCCAGCAGCAAGCGGGCAAGUGAGCCAGAGGAUCCUGAAAAUUUAAAAACCCAGGUAAGGACUUGCAUGACCUCAUCUGUACCCUCACACUUUCCUGAUUGGUGAGUCUCUUAUAGAUGCUGCUUAUAUAUUCACAUGCUCUCUCGCUUCUCAUAUGUAAAGUUCCCCUUUUUCCUUCCGUGGUUUGCUCAAACCCUAGCUUAGUGUGGCCACCCACCAGCUGAUCAGAGCUGAAGUCAAUUACUUGAAGCCCUGAUUUGCAUGCACCAAUUUUUAACCAACGUUUUAAACCUCAGCUUUAAACAAUUGUAGUUAGCUAUAACUAUAGUUGGUCCCAAUGCUGAUGUACAGUGGAACCUUGGUUGUCGAACAUAAUCCCUUCCAGUCGGGAUUCAGGCCUCAUCAUGGGACUGAAACUGCCUUGGUCGCACUGGUUGAUGAUCUCCGGCGGGCUAGGGACAAAGGUGAGUGCUGUUUCCUAGUUCUGCUGGAUCUCUCAGCGGCGUUUGAUACCAUCGACCAUAACAUCCUUCUGGACCGUCUUGAGGGGCUGGGAGCUGGGGGCACUGUUAUACAGUGGUUCCGCUCCUUCCUCCUGGGCCGUGUUCAGAAAGUGGUGGUGGGGAUGAGUGUUCAGACCCCUGGGCCCUCACUUGUGGGGUGCCUCAGGGUUCUGUCCUCUUCCCCAUGCUUUUCAACAUCUACAUGAAGCCGCUGGGAGAGAUCAUCAGGGGAUUUGGGCUGGGUGUUCAUCAGUAUGCAGAUGAUACCCAGCUCUAUCUCUCCUUCAAAUCAGAACCAGUGAAGGCAGUGAAGGUCCUGUGUGAGUGCCUGGAGGCGGUUGGAGGUUGGAUGGCGGCUAACAGAUUGAGGUUGAAUCCUGACAAGACAGAAGUACUGUUUUUGGGGGACAGGAGGCGGGCAGGUGUGGAGGAUUCCCUAGUCCUGAAUGGGGUAACUGUGCCCCUGAAGGACCAGGUGCGCAGCCUGGGAGUCAUUUUGGACUCACAGCUGUCCAUGGAGGCACAGGUCAAAUCUGUGUCCAGGGCAGCUGUUUACCAGCUCCAUCUGGUACGCAGGCUGAGACCCUAUCUGCCUGCGGACUGCCUCACCAGAGUGGUGCAUGCUCUGGUUAUCUCCCGCUUGGAUUACUGCAAUGCGCUCUACGUGGGGCUACCUUUGAAGGUGACCCGGAAACUACAACUAAUCCAGAACGCGGCAGCUAGACUGGUGACUGGGAGCGGCCGCAGAGACCACAUAACACCGGUCUUGAAAGACCUACAUUGGCUCCCAGUACGUUUCCGAGCACAAUUCAAAGUGUUGGUGCUGACCUUUAAAGCCCUAAACGGCCUUGGUCCAGUAUAUCUGAAGGAGCGUCUCCACCCCCAUCGUUCUACCCGGACACUGAGGUCCAGCACUGAGGGCCUUCUGGCGGUUCCCUCACUGCGAGAAGCCAAGUUACAGGGAACCAGGCAGAGGGCCUUCUCGGUAGUGGCGCCUUCCCUGUGGAACACCCUCCCACCAGAUGUCAAAGAGAACAACAACUACCAGGCUUUUAGAAGACAUCUGAAGGCAGCCCUGUUUCGGGAAGCUUUUAAUGUUUGAUGUAUUAUAGUAUUUUAAUAUUUUUUUGGAAGCCGCCCAGAGUGGCCGGGGAAGCCCAGCCAGAUGGGCGGGGUAUAAAUAAUAAAUUAUUAUUAUUAUUAUUAUUAUAAUCCAUUCCGGAAGACCGUUGGACUUACGAAACGUUUGGCAGCUGAGGCUCAAAGGGCUAUUUCGCCGUUUGGGUCCUGAAAUGUUCGGUUUCCAAGACACUCGAAAACCGAGGUUCCACUGUACCACUAAAUGAGGGUAAUAGCAGGCUGUAUAAAGGGCUCGUGUCUCCGUAAUUUAUGUGGUUGAGACUGUGAAUUUUACAUCUGAAAUAGACCACCAGGGUACAAAGAGGUGGGGAAAUAACCUCUUGCUUUUUCCCCAAGUGCUUUACAUUUUGCAUUUUAUUUCUGAUGGGUACCCCCCCACAAAAGUGGUGAAAAACAGCUGGGUGGUGGUGGAUGUCAUUCAGUAACUUGCAUUUUAGCUCACCAACAACUUCAUCUGGAUACUGGUAUUUUGGAAGACAUUCCUGCUCCAGUCUCUGUGCUUGCCUCAGAGGAAAAUGCGAGUGCCUGCUUUUGCUCCCUGGAAGGGAAGAAAGCCAUGCCCUCCGUGGUUUUCUUCCAGGCUCCUUUCCCUGAACCUCUGGGACAGGGUUCAUUCCUGCUGGAGUUCCAGUCUCCUUUACUUCCUUUGGGGUGUGAACUCUUCCUUUGAGGUGGCAGAGAUUUCAAAAGCUCCCCCCCCAAAAAAAAAACCCUGAAAAGAAAUUGGGAGGCAUUUCCAAUGCAUUUUAUUUUUCUGUGGAAAAUAGUCCAUUUCUUAAGUUCAUUAAGGAACAAUGAAUAGAUGGCAAUUUCAAAUACAGUCUUUAGGCAAGUGUGGCAGUUUGAAAGGGUUUAGCUUUGCUUACGAAAUACAAGUAAAACAAACAUGCUAAAUUGGCACACUCUAUAGAGAAGUGGUUGUGAACGCCCCUAGGGAGCAGUGGGAUUACACAGGGGGUAGCAGUAAUAGAAAUCGGGGAUGCUGGAGGCGUAAAUGACUCUCGGACUCCGAAAAGCUGGUAUCAACAGGAACAAGUUAAACAGUCUUGUUGCAAAUAGUUCCAAUUGGAUUUUGAAUACAUGUGCAAGUAAUUGUUACUGUUUGGAAUGUUAUGUGUCAGUAUCUUCCUUAGUGGAUUGUGUAGAUCGCUAUUCUGAAUAAUGCCUUUUAUAGGGUAGGGGGCACUGGGGAUGUGUUUAUGGCACCCAGGGGGUGGUGGCCCAAAAUUUUUAUGGACCCACUGCUCUAGAGCAGGGUUUCUGAAACUUGGGCCUUGGCCUAUUUUUUAGACUACAACGCCCAUCAUCCCUAGCUAGCACCACCAGUGGUUAGGGAUGAUGGGAAUUGUAGUCCAAAAGCAGCUGGAGACCCCAAGCUUAGGAAACCCUGCUCUAGAGCAUCGGGGGAAAAUCUUAAAGAAAACCCCAAUUCAGAAUUAUUGGAAAACCCAUGUGGCUGCUCCCGAGAUUAAAACAUAGAAGAUAAAGGAAAACGAUAUGGUGGCCAAGAUUCAGAAGGGGUGCAUGCAUUUUCCUGCCCUCAGCACUUGCGGGGAGACUCAUGGGGAAAGGAAAGAUGGUUGCCACCUUCCAGCCCCUGUGGAUUUGCUUUCCUCUUGGCUUGGGAUGGGCUCAUGUGUGCUCUCCUUCGCUUGCCCAGUUCAUUCCAGCAAACUCAGCCCUGGGCAGAGCAGAGCAGCCAGGAGCUGCUUGCCCUCCCUACCAGCUUGCUGGGCUGGCAGGUUUCUGAGCUCCCACAUCCACACCUGCAGAAGGAAGGAACGGGUGGAGCAGGACAGGUGUCUCUGUGUGUUUAUGCCAAGCUUACCUUGCUGACGGCGCCUGGGUGUUUCCUCCCCACAGGAGCUGUUCCGGCGUGUGCGCAGCAUUCUGAACAAGCUGACGCCGCAGAUGUUCCAGCAGCUGAUGAAGCAAGUCACCGAGCUGUCCAUUGACACUGAGGAGCGCCUCAAGGGCGUCAUCGACCUCAUCUUCGAGAAGGCCAUCUCUGAGCCAAACUUCUCUGUUGCCUAUGCCAACAUGUGCCGUUGCCUUAUGGGGGUGAGUGCUUCCACCUCUCUGGGCUGCAGAGGGCCUCGUUUUCCUGCUCGGGAUGGGAAGAGGCAUGGAAAUGCUGUUCGUUCAGGACCACGGCUUGGCUAUCAAGCCUGUAUCCUCACCGCCCUUAAAGGACCUUUGGAGAGAGGCUGGCAGUGUGGCCGAAAAGCACCAGGCUAGAGGACACUGUCAGGCAGAUCUUGCAUCCAAUCUCCAAGAAUGGUUGCCUGCGGUCGGGGGGCAGUCAGAUCUCCAGUUACGAAUUGGAUGGGCCCCACAGGAGUUUGCUGGUUUAGAGCGCGUGAGCUCAUCCCUAACUGCUGCAGACACAUGAAUUUACAGGUUGCAUGCGAAUAUGAAACAGAGCUGUAGCAUUAGAAAGCUGGGAUAGCUCUGUUUCUUACUACGUUUGAACUAUUUCAUUUCCCAUGGAAAGAAAUUGUAGCCAAAGUAGCACACCUUGAUUUUAUAUAUGUAGAAGAUAGGGUCAGAAAUUGGCCCAAGGGGCUGCUUGCAAAUAGUGGUUGCAUAGCUUACCAUUUGAGCAGUACUUUAUCUGUGGUUUUGUUAAAUCUGUGUCAAAAGAGGUGCCUGGGUGUAGAUUUCAGUUUCAAGUUUCUGUUCUCUCCCUUUGGCUCGUUGCCGUAAAGAUGCGAAGAGUCUGGAAUUCACUCCUUUAUCCACAAUUACAUGGCUGCAAUGCAUUGAUACAUUUAUUUCUAUUUGCUUACUAUGCAUUUUGUUCAUGUAUUUUCCUUUCAAUCCUGUGCGUUUCCUCAGUGCAUGUUGAAAGAUGAGCUGUGACUCGUGGAAAAGGGUUGAGGUGGGGGAGAUCAGAACUGGGGCUUCCAGCCCACUCUGCUGGCAGUAGAGGGCCAGUUGGAAACUGACUGAAACCGCUUCCCAUUGUGACUCGUGUCUGUCCCUGCUGUAGCUGAAAGUCCCCACUACUGACAAGCCGACCGUGAUGGUCAACUUCCGCAAGGUACUCCUGAACCGGUGCCAGAAAGAGUUUGAGAAAGACAAGGACGACGACGAGAUUUUUGAGAAGAAGCAAAAGGAGAUGGAUGACACAGCUGGUGUGAGUUGAGCUUGAAACUUGGGCAGGGUGUGUGUAUGAGAAAAAGGUUCCCCACCCCUGGGUUCCAGUGAUUUAUGGAAGUAACAACUGUGAAAUACGUAUGCACAAAUACAGAGAAAGAGGUAAUCAAGUUCAGCUCUUGGAUCCUCCUGACCUCUACCCCUGUUCCGUCCGCAGCCCGAGGAGAGAGCUCGUCUGAAGGAGGAGCUGGAUGACGCCCGGGACAAGGCCCGUCGGCGCUCCCUGGGCAACAUCAAGUUCAUCGGGGAGCUCUUUAAGCUGAAGAUGUUGACCGAAGCCAUCAUGCAUGACUGUGUGGUGAAGCUGCUCAAGAACCACGACGAGGAAUCGCUCGAGUGCUUAUGCCGGCUGCUCACCACCAUUGGCAAGGACCUGGACUUUGAAAAGGCCAAGGUAUGGCCUUGCCCAGUGUUCAGAAAUGCAGCUUUUCAUAGCACACAAGAGUACACAUCCCAGAUUGCACUGCCCUUUCGCUUCAUGUUGGGCAUCAGCAGAGUGGUUUCUCUGCUGCUCCUUCUCCCCUGGCCUUCUCCUGUUGAGAUGCUGGCUUUACAGCUCUUGCUCAGAGCCUACAGGGUUCUGCCCUCCAUGCUUUGGUGCCAGAUUAGAAAUGCCAAGUAUAGCUCUAGUCUGGAAGAUCAUCCUGUUGUCAUUGAACUACAUCUCCCAUCAUUCCCCAGCAUUGGCCAACUUAGCUGGGGCUGAUGGGAGUUGGAGCCCCAAUCAUAUUUGGAGGGUUGCAGGUUCCCAGUCCCUGGCAUGGCACCACUGCUUAACCUGGCAGGCUUUCCUUGCAUUUUCCGGGAAGGUGAAAUUUGGUGCUCAUAAUCUGACAUGGGAGAGGGGGAAAGGCAGGAAUUGGCAGAGAGGCUUUAGCAGAAGAGCUGGGAGAUGGCUGAAUGCCACUUGACAGUCGGUCCCCCCGUCAGUUUGCCUCUUGCUCAGGAAGAAAUGUGCAGCCAUUGCCCAACUAUACAGCUUACUUUUUUUUGUAGCUACUUGUGAUGUCUAUUGGAGAGUUUCGAGGGAUCAGCCUCCCCCAGCCAAGCUACUUUGCAGGGUGGAGAGAACUGUGCCCAGGACUAGAUAUUUCCCAGAAAGACAAAGGCCAGACAGCUGGGCUGAGGAAAAUAUGUCUCUUCUCCCCAGCCCACAAACAUUCAAGGAACCGGCUACCCCAGCCCUGGCUUCUACAGGGAACUUGUUUCCUUUUUUGAACCUCACCUUCCACCAUGAGUUGGAAGCCCUCAAGGAGAACGUCUUGCCUUAGUCGCUCCCAUCCCUCCCGCAACACGUAGGCACAUUGCUGUCUCUGUUUGUUCGUCGUCACUUCUCUCCUUUUCUCCUCUUCCCCACCCAGCCUCGGAUGGAUCAGUACUUCAACCAGAUGGAGAAGAUAAUCAAGGAGAAGAAAACGUCCUCACGUAUCCGCUUCAUGCUGCAGGAUGUGAUUGACCUCAGACGGGUAAGGUGCAGACUGCUGCUCCCUUAUGGCCCCCUCUGGGCUAGAUGAGAGCCCUGCCCCCUUCCUGGGAUAGGCCGGCCUGACUCCGGGUAAGGUGCAAGACCCACCUUUCCAUCCCAGGGCAACCUGAGUAGGAACGAUGGCAGCACGAGCCAACACACACUUCUCUUCCCACCCACCCCAGCCCCUUAGACACUGUUGCAGCCUGUAGCCCUUGGCUCGUGCAGCUUAGGCAAUGGGCUGACAAUACUGCAAGCAGCUGUGUUUGGUGCAGGGAGGUUUCCAGCGCUGGCCCUUUUCUACACCAAAGGGUGCUAUGUGCUCAAUUGCACCCUGGGAGAAGGUGCUGCCCAGGAGCUGCUCGCCUGUGUUGUUGGACUCCCGUUAUACCUGGCCAUUGACUAUGCUGGCUGGGGCGUUGGAGUUGGGAGUUGGAGUCCAACAAGGCCUGGAGGGUCACAGAUUCUCUAAUCCUGAUUCACACCCAGAGGCCCUAAGAUUGCAGUUCCAAGUGUCACAUACAAAUGGCUGCUUUGCUUCCAGCAUGUGAAUUACAGAAGCUGUAGGGGUGAGGGGUCAGGCUAUUGGAAGUGCUGCAGGGGCUCUCAACUGUUGCAAGGGGAAGGGCUGCCUGCUUGGAAGGGUUCACACGAAAAGCCCCCGUUGCAUGUUGGGCUGCUGAGCAUUCCCCUUGCGUGGGCCUCCUGCCAAGCAAUGCUUUGAUGCCUGGAUAGCUCAGGACUCGCUUCCGUUCCAUUCUCUCUUACUGCAAUUACUGGACAAGUGCUCUUUCCAGAGGUGUGAAAUAGAGCUGCCCUUGUCAGGCAUAGAGCUUAAGAGACAUAACACAUGAGAAACAGGGCCGCCUUUCCCAGAUGUUAGUGGUGGUGCUAUUGCUUAGUUGGUAGAGCAAUGUGCUUUGAAAGCAGAAGGUCCCAAGGUCAAUUGCUGGCAUCCCCAAGUAGAGCUGGGAAAGAUUCCCUGCCUGAAACCAUGAAGAGCAUCUGCAAGUCUGUGUAGACAACACUGAGCUGCAUCACCACCACCAGCAAUCAUUAUUAUGCCACUGCCCAUCUGACUUGGUUGUCCCAGCCAGCUCCCAACAAAAUAUUAAAAUAAAGCGUCAAACAUUAAAAACUUCCCAAUACAGGGCUGCUUUCAGAUGUCUUCUAAAAUUUGUGUAGUUUAUCCCCUUGACAUCUGGUGAGAGAGCGUUCCACAGGGUAGGUGCCACUACUGAAAAGGCCCUCUGCCUGGUUCCCUGUAACCUCACUUCUCGCAGGGAAGGAACCACCAGAAGGCCCCCAGAGCUUGAUGGUCUGACUUUGUAAAAGGCAUCUUCUUGUCUUCUUAUAAUGUUGCUGGACUGCAAGUACCAUCACUCCCGCUGGCUGGAGAUGAUGGAGGCUGUGGUCUUUAACAACACCUGCAUCUGGCCAGAUUAAGAGAUGUUGGAGGGAAGAACAAAGGGUGUAUGUUUAGAGGUCAGUUGCAAGAACAGCGACCAGGUGGACUAGCCGCUGGUGCUGUUGGCUCUGGAAGGGAACCUGAGCCCAGAGGCUGGUCCUGGCUAGACCAACAGAGAAGCUGGUGCUGACUGUCUCUCGCUCCUCCCUUGCCUUCACACGCCAAGCGUUCUGGGUGCUGUAACCUCUCCCCUUGCUUUCCUCUUUGCCUCUUGCAGAACAGUUGGGUGCCAAGGAGAGGGGACCAGGGCCCCAAGACCAUUGACCAGAUCCACAAAGAAGCUGAGAUGGAGGAGCACCGUGAACACAUCAAAGUUCAGCAACUGAUGUCCAAGGGAUCAGAUAAGAGGAGAGGGCCUCCAGGCCCAUCGUCUGCAGGUGGGUGGGUUGGUCGCCUUCUCAGUUUCUGGAUCCAUUGCUGCCUUGUGGAGGCCACCCGCUUUUAAUGCCCCUGGAAGAGAGAGCAGCUUUGGGACGCCCCAAGUUAAUUGUGUGCCUAUGUGCGUGAAGCAGCCGGGCGCCACCAAAAGAUGUGCUCCUGGCGUAGCUCGUCCUUAAAAAUUAGACGAAAUUAUUAAUUUUAUUCAUUUUCAUAAAAUUUAUACACCACUUGAUUGGAAAAAGAAAAAUCAGAGUGGUGUACAAAAAGAUGAAAUAACAAAAUUUAUGGACUUCGGAUCCAUGGUGGUGGUUAAACAGAGCUUCCCAGUUUAGAAGCAAUAUGCUACUGAACAUCAUAGAAUCAUGGAGUUUUGAAGGGAACCCAAAGGUCAUCUGGUCCAACCCCCCUGCAAUGCAGGAAUCUCAACUACAGCAUCCGUGACAGUUGCCCAUCCAACCUCUGCCCACCACCUCCCAAGGGAAACCAUUCCACUGUCAAACAGCUCUUGCUGUCAGAAAGUUCUUGCUGGUGUUUAGUCAGAAUCUCCUUUCUUGUAACGUGAAGCCAUUGGCUUGAGUCCUACCCUCCAGAUCAGGAGAAAACAAGCUUGUUUCCAUCCUCGGUGUAACAGUCCUUGCUGAACUGAAUAGGCUUUUGGGCUGAUCCUGCCAGACUUUUUUUUUCUUUCUUAGCCAGCCCCAAGCUGCCACACCUUUCUGGCCUUUGAUAGGCUCUCUUGUUCCAAUAGGAACAGUAGACAUGUGUACGCACUCACAGCUAGUUUGCCACGGAUAGGCUGUUACAAAUGAUAGACCUUGACUCGGCUGUCUCUGCAGGUGGGCGGGGCAGCCAAGUUUCGGAUGACGGCUGGAACACAGUCCCCAUCAGCAAGGGCAACAGGCCGAUUGACACCAGUAGGUUAACAAAAAUCACCAAGGUAAGCUGCUGGGCUGGAGUGGGUUUUUUGGGGUAGGGGAGGGUGCUUGUUUUUUGUGCAUUAGGGAAUUGUGGCCUUUUUCAAUUUAAAGCGACAGUUUCUAUUGGUUGCGAAAGAUGAGAGAAUUUUAAAAACCCACUUAGGAUAAGGCUACCUGCCUGUGCCAGCUCAAUUCAUGUGCUUGAUCUGUGUCCCUCUCUAGGGCUGAUGGGAAUUGUAGUCUAAAAUAUCUGUAGGGCACCAGGUUGGGGGAAGACUGUAUUUAAGCUCUGGGCAACAAAGGAUUGAAUGCAGGCAAGCACAUAGAAUUGCACACAUGAGUGGGUGGACUGGCUGGCUGAGGAGCAGCAGAUUGUUUGUGCACUAUAUGUGGCAUAGAAAGCAAACAGGUUACCAGAUGUGGGGUGGAAUCCUGUACCUCUCCUACCAGCCCCGCAUCAGGCUAGUGGCAUUUGUGGGCUGAUUUACAAGCCUGUACUGACUAACUUUGUAUGGAAGGACCUUGUUUAUCCCUGCAAAAUUGAGGUUUUUUAAUGACUUCUGGGGUGGUUGAUGGCGCUAUUGUUGACAUGGAGGGAUGGGGAAGGAGGAAUACAUACGGGGGCAGACAUCUAGUAGUGGUUGGGCUAUUCAGAAAGCAUUCUGUCAUUGUUAAGUAGAUGGGUUGGGUGCUUCUUUGGCUGCCUCUGAUGGUGAAUGAAUUGCCUCCUCCUCUCUCCUUGCCGCCUCCCAGCCAGGUUCAAUCGACUCCAACAACCAGCUUUUUGCACCCGGCGGGCGUCUGAGCUGGGGGAAGGGCAGCAGUGGUGGUUCGGGUGCCAAGCCUGCCGAACCAGGUAAGUGCAGCUGGCGCAACGAAGGGUUUGCAAAGUGGGUGGUUCUUUUGCAGCUCCCUGGUCCUCUAACCCGUUGUCCUUUCUUUGCCCAGCGCCUGACUCCAACCGGCCAGCCACAAGUACCUUGAAUCGCUUCUCAGCCUUACAGCAGUCGGCUCCUGCAGAGAGCCAGGAUGUGCGGCGUGUGGUGCAAAGGUCUGUCUCAUUCCCACUCUUACUUAGAUCCCCCCCCCUCUUGCUCCUCAGGCCUGCCAGGUCCAUCCUGCUGUUCCAAGCACCUUAGGUGCAUUUUUGGAUUUUGCAUUUGCUCAAGGGGAGGAAAGUAUUUGGCUUUUGCCAACACAUGAGCUCCUAAACCUCCUCACGUGCGAAUAGGGCAUGGCUGGCUUCAGAUGUUGGGUAGGAAUACCAAAAACAGAUACAGUGGUACCUUGGGUUACAUACGCUUCAGGUUACAGACGCUUCAGGUUACAGACUCUGCUAACCAAGAAAUAUUACCUCGGGUUAAGAACUUUGCUUCAGGAUGAGAACAGAAAUCGUGCUCUGGCAGCGCAGCAGCAGGAGGAGGCCCCAUUAGCUAAAGGGGCUUCAGGUUAAGAACAGUUUCAGGCUAAGAACGGACCUCUGGAACGAAUUAAGUACUUAACCCGAGGUACCACUGUAAAUCCCCAUCUUGCAACUUGAAUAAAGUAUUCUAAUAAUUUUGCAUAGUUUGAUACAUGUACUUUAUUCUGACUUUCCCUCCUGCCUCCCCAUUUUAUGUAAUUUGGAACUGCAUGGGACACUUGAGCAUCCAGGGAGAAUGUAGGGAAGCAAGACAGAAAUCAAUGUGGGCGUUUCUUCCUGCAACCUUCCAGCCUCUGUGCCACUUGCCUCAUCACCCUCUGCCGCCAGCAGUGCCAGUGGUCAGGGAUGAUGGGAGUUGUAGCCCAACAAUGCCUGAAGGGCCACAGACUCCCCAUCCAUCCUUUGUUUUUGUAGUCUUGGGACACAUUGAUGGCAUUAUAGGAAGGACCAUAAAUCUGCUAGAGUGCUCUCCAAACAGGGUCACAGGCUCAACCCUGCCCAUCUCCAGUUAAAAAAUCAUAGAGUUGGGAGGGACCCCAAGAGUCAUCUAAUCUAACCCCCGGCAAUGCAGGAAUCUCAACUAAAGCAGUCAUAACAAAUGGCCAUCCAACCUCUGCUUAAAAACCUCCAAGGAAGGAGAUCCACAGCCUCCCAAGGGAGUCCAGUAAGAGUUCAACAGCUCUUACUGUCAGAAACUUCCUCCUGAUGUUUAGUUGGAAUCUCCUUUCUUGUAACUUGAAACCAUUGGUGCGAGUCCUACUCUCUGCAGCAGGAGAAAAUAAGCUUGUUCCCUCUUCCAUGUGACAGCCCUUGAGAUACCUGAUAUUGUAUCUCCUCCCAGUCUCCUCUUUUCCAGGCUAAGCAUGGCCAGCUCCUUCAUCCAUUCCUCAUCAGGCUUGGUUUCCAGAGAAUCAUAGGCCUGGCAAGAGCCUCUACCUAAGACCUCUUGAGUAGGCAGAACCAGGCUGGAUUAGACAAAUGGUCAGCGUAGGGCAGCCUUCCCUAACCUGCUGCCCUCCAGCUGCUACAAUCUGCAAUUUCCAGCUGUGCUAGCGGGAACUUUUGAUCCAAUACAUCAGGAGGGCACCGGGUUGAGGGAGGGUAUUACAGAACUUUGCCCUUUUCUUCCCUUCCCGUCUUUCUGUUUUUCCUUCUGUGCUAGUCCUGAGUGGGACCCCAGCCGCCUGGCAAGUGUUUGUCUGGCAUUCAGUGCAGUUUCACCUGAACUCUUGCGUGGUCUCCUUGCAGAAGCAGCAGUAGCCGCGACCGCUCAGAAAAGGGCGGUGAACGAGGGGACCGCUUGGAGCGUGAGCGGCCAGAGAGGGGCGAUCGCCUCGAGCGGUCAGAGAGGCCGGAGCGGUCGGACCGGAACAGGACCCCUGUCACCAAGCGUAGCUUCAGCAAGGAGAUGGAUGACAGGAGCCGGGAGCGAGAACGAGAGCGGCAAGGGGUCCUCGAGACAGUGCGCAAAGUGGCCAGCAUGACCGAGGAGCGGGACCGAAGCAGGGAACCUGGUGAGUGGCAGGAAGGUGUGCGGGGUUUAGUGGGCGGUGGCCUCCCCCCGCCACUUUCCGAUUUGGUCCAGGACCAGUGCUGACCUCUCUCUCCCUCCUUCUCUGCAGCAAAGCGUGAACCAGUGGCCCCUGAGCCCCCCGCCAAGCCUGCCUUGUCCGAGGAGGAGCUGGAGAAGAAAGCCAAGGCCAUCAUUGAGGAAUACCUGCACAUCAACGACAUGAAGGUUUGUGCUGCAGAGAAGUGGCAGGAGCAGGGCAUUUAAUGGAAACUGCGGAAUAGGAUGCAGGACAUGGAUAUUAUACUUGACAUUUUAUGAGAGGGCAGUAGAUAAAUAUGGGUUCAUGGUUUGGCACUAGGAUGGGGGGGGGGAGUCUGAAGAGCAGGUUGGAAUCCCUCCUCAGCUGCCAAGAGUCUUGUCUAUUGAGCAAUUUUCUUAGAUAGGAAGCAUAGCAGAUUAAAGAACUUUCAGGUGGCAAAUCAUUUGCCUUUUCAAUUCCAAAACUGCUUCUGUGACACCCCCCCCCCAUUAACUCCUGGAAGCUUACCAGUGGUUCAUUGAUGCUUGGAGGGCAACAUGGAUGCACAACCAUGGCGGAGGGGAAUGCUGAGCACAGUCUGCUGGGCCUAACAGGCUGCAUUGAUGCCUCCUGUUAACAGAGGGGCCCCUGGAAGGACCUGUUCAGAUUCACAAGUUAAGGGAUUGGUUCGUUGGAGGCUGUCAGUCUUGGACCAAGGGAAGCUUGGGUUGAAAUUGCUGCGUAUCAUGAAGCUCACUGAGCUAUCAUAGGCUGAGGGUGUUUUACUAGUCCAGCAUAGCCCACCGGUAAAGUUAGGGCAGAUGGAGAGGAAGAGCUAAGGGCGUAAUAAUGUAUCACUGCAAUAAGCACGUGCUUAAAUCAAAGGAGCAGUAUUCUGCAUGACAUUCUCUUAAGGAGAGUGGCUCCCAUUUUGGGGUGUUGCCCUGAAAUAUUUCUCUAACAGGUCCUUGGAUUCCUCCCUGCAACAGGGUGGGCUUGGGUCAGAUCUCAACAGUCCAAGGUGCAGCCUUUGCUAUGAGAUGUUUGCGCUAAGCUCUCCCCCUUCUCUGCCCGCUUCUUGCAGGAGGCUCAGCAGUGUGUCCAGGAACUGAACUGCCCCUCCCAGCUCUACAUCUUUGUGCGGAACGGAAUCGAGUCCACGCUGGAGCGGAGCACGAUUGCCCGCGAGCACAUGGGGCUGCUGCUCUACCACUUGGUCAAAGGAGGCAUCCUCUCCAAGGAACAGUACUACAAAGGGUAAUUGAGCCCCACUAUGAAUUUUUUUUGGGGGGGGGCAUGCACAAUGCAAAAGCAGCCUCUGACAGCUGCACUAUCCAAUCUCGGUCCUUUGCACACACUGACUGCCCCCUUCCUUCCUUCCUUUUCUACCCCUAGGCUGCAUGAGAUCCUAGAGAUUGGUGAAGACAUGGAGAUUGAUAUCCCGCACAUAUGGCUGUACCUGGCGGAGAUCAUAACUCCCAUUUUGAGAGAAGGUGGCAUCCCCAUGGAGGAGCUAUUCAGGUGAGCUGGAACCUCAUUCCUUCCCUCCCCAUGGGCUUCCCUCCCCCCCCCCCAAACAAGUGAAUGACCUUCCUGUGGUCUUUUCAGGGAGAUUGCCAAGCCUUUAGUACCUAUUGGCAAGGCCACGACUCUGCUGCUGGAGAUCCUGGGCCUGCUUUGCAAAGGGAUGGUAAGUUGCUCUCCUUCAUGCCCUGGUUAACCUUGUCCGUUGGUCCUCGGGGAGUGCAUGCUGUGAUUGGCGAGCAGCCAUAAAAUGUUUUCGGUGCCUUUCCAUGUUUGGCUCUGCUUGUUUAUUGAAAAACAAGCUAAUUCCGCCUCCGACCAUGAUCACGGGAGCUCAGCUGUGGACUGGAGCAAUUGGCUCCUGUCGCCUCGAAGGCAAAGAUGCAGAAAUUCCGUGGGUCUCUCUGCUCUGGAACGGAGUGAUGGAGACACUUUGCCUCUCAGCCAAGCAAAAAGCAGGUGAUUGGUCUGCUGGAGCUAAGGGAAUUUGCCUCCUCUGUUUCUUCUCCUCUUCACACUCGCUUCCAAAUGUGGCCAGAGGAAAACUUGCACAUCAUGUAUUUUUUAGGUGCAAAAAAUAGCCACCCACAAGGAGUAGUUUGCUAUCACACACACACACAAAAAACCAAAUUCAAAGGUUUGUGGGAAUCAAGUAGUUAAUUGCAAUUAGAGUUCCAACAUCAACAAACUUUUCAAAAUUUAAAAAAAAAAGAUCCAGGAUAACUUUAGAUAGAAGCACCACAAAGCAGCAUCCAGCCCUCCUCCUCUGGCUGUGCUUGUUUAAGUAACUUCUACCCCUUUAAUUAGUGCCUUCCUGUUCAUUGGCAUGUCUAUUGAAUUGCUGAAUCAGCCUUUUGGAAGGAGUGUGUUAAUUAGUGGUUUCUUCUGUGCUUGAGGCUGAGAAUGGGGGUCUUGCCAGAACCUCCAUGCACACUGCCCAGUCUUGCGCCCUGGGGAGGUCACUUCAGUGUUGCUAACGGAGCAGCUUAGUUUCACCCCUGGAGGUGCACUUGUAUUGUUAUAAUUCUGCAUCUAAAAAAAACACAUGUAUGGCAAGCACAAGGUGGAGGGGUUCUUCUUGUUUUGUGUUUUUAUAUUGUGAUUUUACGUUGUGACCACCCAGGCACCUGCAGGUAUAGGGCGGUAUACAAAUUUAAUAAACAAUAAUAGCUCCCUAUUGAGGGUAGACGUAGUGGUGAAGCCGGGCUUGCAGGUGUCCUGGAUGAAAUGUUCCUAAGGUGGUCCCUGUUCCCCUGUAGAGCCACAAGAAGGCAGGGACCCUGUGGAGAGAAGGUGGCCUUAGCUGGAAGGAAUUCCUGCCCGAGGACCAGGAUGUCAAUAAGUUCAUCACAGAGCAGGUGAGCACAAUGAGCUUUGUGGGGGAGGUUGGGGCAGCUCCUGGAGCCGGAAGGGGCUUCAGCUUGGCCCCACAAAGCAUCCUCCGCGGAGGCAGCGGGAUGCCUGUUUUUGCCAUUGCCUCUGGCCCUGACUCUCGCCUCCCCGUUUCUCUCCUGCUCCUCAGAAAGUGGAGUACACAAUGGGUGACAACUCUGACGCACCCAGCCGCAAGGAGCUCACAUCGGAAGAGCUGUGCAAGCAGCUAGACAAAUUAUUGAAAGAAAAUGCAAAUAACCAAAGAAUAUAUGACUGGAUUGAGGUGAGUUGGGAAGGGCGAGUGCUGCUGUGCAGAAGAGCAUGGGAGGUGGGCCUGGGAGGUACCAGGAGGAGGAGGAAACAAUUGGAGGGGCAAGUUCUUCCAGCAACUUGGACGGUUUGGAAAAGGGCCCAGACAAAUCCAUGGCGCACAAGGCUAUCGGCGUCUCCUAACCACAGUGGCUGUGGUCUCCCUCUUCUGUUGCAGGCAGUAUGCCUCUGCAUGUCAGUUAUUGGGGAGAGUGCUGUUGCUGUCAGGUCCUGUUUCUGGGCUUCCCACGGGCACCUGAUUGGCUAUGUUGAGGAAAGGAUGUUUGACUAGAUGGGCCAGACUCUUCUUAGGUUCUUAUAAAGAAUCCCUGGAGAAAAGAGGCCUGCCGAGUGGAUUCCCAUCCCCCACCCCCACUUUUAUUGCAUUUUAUAUCCCACUUUUUUCUCACAAGGAGCUCAAGGUGCCCCCCCCCAUUCAAUCCCCACAACAACCCUGUGAGGUGGGUUAGGCUGAGAGGCAGUGAUUGGCCUCAGGCCCCCCAGUGAGCUUUAUGGCCAAGUGGAGAUUUGAACCCUGGUCUCUCAGCCCCUUAGUCCGACACAUUAGCUGCUCCGCCACACUGGAAGUUGCAGCUUCCUGAAUUGGGAGUCUUGCUGCCAAGCUACUCCUGACUUGUCUGGAGAGUUGUGCCCCACAGUCAUAAAAGUCCAUUCCACUUGGGACUUGACAACAGCUGCUUUGGACUGAGCAUCCAUCAGACGCUCCGUGAGGCACACUGUUUUAUAUUAUUAGGAAGCUUUGCCCCUUUUCCUUCUCCAGCUUGGAGAAUGGGAUUGCUGCCUCCCCGUCCCCCUUUAUUGAUUAGAUGGUGGUUGGGGAAAUCUGGGUACAGUGGUGCCCCGCAAGACGAAUGCCUCGCAAGACGAAAAACUCGCUAGACGAAAGAGUUUUCCGUUUUUUGAGUCGUUCUGCAAGACGAAUUUCCCUAUGGGCUUGCUUCGCAAGACGAAACAUCUUGCGAGUUCUUGCGAGUUUCCUUUUUCUUAAAGCCGCUAAGCCGUUAAUAGCCACUAAGCCGUUAAUAGCCGCUAAGCUGUUAAUAGCUGCUAAGCCGCUAAUAGCCGUGCUUCGCAAGACAAAAAAACCGCAAGACGCGAGGCACCACUGUAUAUUGCUAAACUGGCAGGUCUUUGUGGGGUUGGCUCCCUUGCUGGCACAUAGAAGGAGCAGCUUCAGUCAGGAGGGAAAAUCCGCAGAUGGAGUUCUGGCUCUGUGUGUGGUUGGUAUGGAUGUUUUUUAAGUGGAUUCCCAGAUACUUAGGUUGGCAGCUGCAAGCGCUUCCAACCUCUGAUCCUUGGCCUCUUCUUUCCCACUAGGCAAACCUGAGUGAGCAGCAAGUCUCAUCCAAUAUGUUUGUCAGAGCCCUGAUGACGUCGGCAUGCCAUUCCGCUGUUGUCUGUAAGCAUUGGUGCAAGCCUGGAGUGGCAGGGACCGGGGUGGGGGUGGCUGCGUAUUUGUGUGGCGGUUUAGUGGGAAGUAGGUGUCUCUGGGGGCCUGGGGGCUGAUGUCUCAGAUGAGAGCAGAGCCUAAAAAUGCCAUUGGCCCACCAUUGUAAGUGACCUGCCAAACCAAAAAACAGCCCCACAACAUUGCAAGGCUUCUCUGUGAACUCUUUUGUGACACCUGUGUGGAAACAAAAACGAAGUGAAAACAACCUGUCAAACAGGGAGCAGGCCAUGCGUGGUGGGCGUUGAUCAGCUUUCUAGCUCUCAUUAGUUGAUUACAGUGGAUAAAUAGGAGCAUUGUUUAUUACAUUCAGGCCUGGUGGUUUGUCUGUUUUUAUAGACUCCUCCACUCCCAGUCUAGUUUAUUUGGGAUUUCAUAUGUUUUACUUACCUUGUUGUAACCCACCCUGAGGCUUUAGGAUUAAGGGCAGGUAUUCAAUCUUCCUUCCUUCCUUCCAUUUCCUUAUUUGGGGGAGCUUGGUGGCCACCACUGGGAUGCCUGCUGAGGAAUGGCACCUGUGGCAAAAGCCAACUCACCUUGGAGUAAACUACCCUCCAGGAUUCGGAUGAGGCAACAGGCAGGGGACCAGGAGGCUCUUAUUGGCUGUUUUAGGGGUGCAGUGAGUCUUUGCACAACAUCCUUAACUCUGAACAUCCUUCUUUCCUACCCCCUCCCCUCUUCCUGCCGCUGCAGUCGAGAAUCCUUACCGGAUGGACAGUCCCGUGAUCAAGAGCCGAGCCAAGCUGCUGCAGAAAUACCUGAGCGAUGAGAAUAAGGAGCUGCAGGCCCUCUAUGCUUUACAGGCCCUUGUGGUAAAGCUGGACCAGCCAGCAAGUGAGUGUUUUGCCUUGGGAAGGCGACCUCCUAGCUUUGUGUUCCCAAGGGGCUUUUCAGUUCAGGAAAAUGGCAAUUAAAUGGGGGUGGGGGAUAACAACAUGACAAAAAUGUAAUAUCCACAGUUAUCCGAGAAAGAUAAAUAUGGGAAGAUUCGGGAUAGACAAAGUACUUUGUCACACAGAGCAUAGUUAAACUGUGACAUUCACUCCCUCUAUUGGAUUGAUUUAAAAAGAGGGUUGGGCAGAUUCAUGGAGUAUCAGCUGUUAUCAGUGGAUAGAGGCAUUGUUCUUCCUUUCGUCAUCUAGGGCGUUGCCUUACACAGAGUCAGACCACUGGCUCAUCUAGCUCAGCCGUGUCUCCACUGACAGGCAGCAGCCGCCCAGGUUUCCAAGCAGGGAGCAUCUUGCAGCUUCGUAUGGAGAUGCCAGGGAUAGAGCUCAGAAUCCCCUGCAUGUAACACAGAUGCUCUGAGCUUAUAGCUGGGAUAGCUCAGUCGGUAGAGCACGAGACUCUCAAUCUCAAGGUUGUGGGUUCGAGCCCCACAUUGAGCAAAAGAUUCCUACAUUGUAGGGGGUUGGAUGAGAUGGCCCUCGUGGUCCCUUCCAACUCUACAGUUCUCUGAUUCCCUUGAUCAUAGAUAAUAGAACUUGGGCUCAGCCAAUUACAUCAGUGUUUCCCAAACUUGGGUCUCCAGCUGUUUUUGGACUAAAAUUGCCAUUAUUGCUGCUAGCUAGGGGCAGUGGAAUUUGUCAUCCAAAAACAACUGGAGACCCAAGUUUGAGGAGCAGCGAGAUGGGGGGCUGGUGAAGAGUGCUUUCUUGUGCCUCCUGGAUGGAUCCUGCCCGUAGGAGUAGAGAGGAAUCAAUGAUAUGAUGUUGGUCGUAAGACCCUUCUUCCAAGCAUCCAGAGGGGCGAGUCGAGUCGGCUGGCGACCUGCAUUUCCCCCCCUGCGUUAUUUGACUCUCCUUCCCCCACCCUCUCUUCUGCUGCUUCCAGAUCUGCUCCGAAUGUUCUUUGAUGCCUUGUACGAUGAGGACGUGAUUAAAGAGGAAGCCUUCUACAAGUGGGAGUCGAGCAAAGACCCGGCCGAACAGCAAGGGAAGGGAGUCGCGCUCAAGUCCGUUACAGCCUUCUACACUUGGCUGCGCGAAGCGGAGGACGAGUCUGACAACAACUGAGCACCCACGUUGUGGGAGGUGGGACGGAUGGACGGACGGAGCCUGCCUGCCUGCUCUGACCCCUCCUCAGAGCCUUGGACUCCCGUGGGGGUGGCAGCGUGGUGGGUUAAGGAUACACAGGAACUGGGCGCCGCUCUCCGUACCUUCCUCCCACACAGGACUUCUUCCCCCCCCCCUUAUUAUUAUUUUUUUUUUGGUUGGGAUUUUUUUUUUGUUCUUUUGUUUCUGUUUUAACAGCCUGUAUUGGUUUGUGUCUGACGAUAAUAAAUUGAUGCUGAAGGAGGCGGUAAGUGUUGCUGCUCCGCUCAGCUCCCGAGGCCACUUGCCCCGGGGCGCACCUGGAUGAUGAUUUUAAUGAGCGGGGGGGCCCCCUCGAAUCUUUGGCAGGUGCAAAGCACCCGAAACACAUGUCUGUGGAAAGGGGUUGGGGGUUGGGAGAGCCUGAUGCCUCUGCUGCUCCCCCCCUCCCAUCUCCCCUUCCUCCUCCUCCUCCUCCUCCCCAGUUAUUGCUGAAAUAUAGAGAGAUUAUAUAAAUAUAUAUAUAAAAUAUAAAUAUAGACUUAUUAAAUCUUUUGAGGUUUGAGAGGAUAGGACUCUGCUGUCCGCAAACUUUGCCCUCCUGUUCCCAUCCGCCCCCCAUCCCACUGCCCCCCCUCGCACCCUCGGAUCACCGCCUGGAAUUAACACAAAAGCCUCUUGACGGAUGUUGUUGCUUUUUUAAAAUAAAAGGGGGAGGGAAUCAUUUCAAACAUCCGCCUUGCUUGGGAGCUGCUGGAGAGUUGCUGGCAGAGGGAAUAAUAUGGGGGUGGGUGGUGUGUUUGCAGCUCUUCGGUUUUGAGGUGGGGGGAGGCUUCCUUCUUGGGAGGGCCCUCCCACAUCCCCUCCCCCCCCACGCCCACACUGAGGCCACGGUUUUGCGACCUGCUUCGCCUGCGAUGGAUGGUUAGAAGGAGCUGCUCUUGUGAUUGAGAGAGAGCGAGAAAGAAAACAAAACAAAAAAACGAAAAACGCGAAAGCGAAAAUGAAACGAGGAUUCGGAAUUAUCGGUCACAUGAAUUUGUAAAUACUUUUUUCUUUUCUUUUUCUUUUUUUCUUUAUGGAGUAUUUAAUUGAAGAUUCAAAAAAGCAUCUUUUCACCGUAAACUGGAAAUAAAAAAAAGAACAUUGCUUAAAAAA